GGCUGAUCACCAUAGGCCGGACCGCGCUCCGCCAAUCGCUGCAGUCCCUGGCUCAGUAAUGCAGCAGCAGCCUGCUCUCCCCAUCCCAGGGAGUCUAUUGUAAGGGAGCAGCAGCCAGCAGCGGCACAAAGGGCGCCCUCCCCGAGCUCACCUCCCCUCACACCGCGCACCAUGAGCACCAACAUCAGGUACAAGAGCAAGCUACUGAAGACAGGUGAGCUGCCAGCCUGGGGAGGGGGAGGGGGUGUAAUGGGGGCUCGCUGUGUUCAGAUCCCUGACCUGUCUGUUUCCUCUCCCCCACCUCCUCCUGGAUCCCGUGCGGCCUCCUGGGACCUCCACAGACGAGAAAGAGGUAAGGACAGUGCCCUCCAUGCUAUCAUCCUGUCUGCAGCCUAAUCCGACACACAAGGGGUUAACACACUGACUAUGAAUUAAAUGAUAAUUAUACAUACAUGCACUCACAUUACCAGCACCUACAAUGUCACUGUCACACAUCCAUCACACGGGGAUUAACCCCUUAAUGCCUUCUAAUACAGCAAUCUGUCUACCAAAGGGUUAACUCCCCAAUGACCAAACAUACCCCUGGCCAAAUACAAACAGUCAUGCGGAGGAGAUUAGCUUACUGGCUGUGGAUUCAUUAUUCUGUGUUUCGCAGACCUUUGACACACACACACACACACACACACAAAAAAUCAACCAAGAUAUAAAAUAAUGAAGUAUUUUGAUUUGAACCGAUUCAGCACCAUUUCCUGCAAUAGACAUGUUGGGAUGAGGAGGAUCGGUCUGUCCAUGCUACGGGUGCUAUGACCUCAUUCUGAGGUUUUUCGGUGUAUUCCUAAUGACAUAUUGCAUGGGAGAAGGCACGCUGACAGCUACAUCAGGGUUUAACCCAUACAGUCGCAACCAUGAUUUAAUGUUCUAGCAUCCUUAUUCAGAAAUGGAUGACUGGCACUGAUAAUACACCCCCUACAGCUGGCAUCCCUUCCUACUGUACAGUGCAUGAUUGCAUCUAGAAUAAACCUCCCCAUUCUAUAAAUGGUAUUAAUGUGUGUGCCAUGUGAUACAUAACAUUCCAAAUCCUAUAGCUAACGGUACUGAUGGACAUACUCAUUGAUGUGAAUCCAUUUAAUAAGGUAUACAGUAUACUGAAUCCUCAUUUUAAUGUUGCCAUGUAUUUAGUAUAAUCUAUACCGGUCCAUAUGUUUCAAGUGCUAAGUCAUCUCUUGUUUUGGGCCUGAUAUCAUUUGAAUUCAAUGUCUAACGCAAUGCAUAUGUACAUACUGGUGGGGAAAUAGCUCAAAACCAUUCAUCAUAUGCAAGAAUGUGGGCCCUUUAGCUAUGUCACUCAUUGCUAGAAUAAUAGAUGGUAUCAAAAAGAGGGGAAGUUUCAUUGUGGAAUGGGCUGAACUCCCUUUAGCAAAUGCAUUUCUUCUGUGGCUGAUUAGUGUUUGUGUUGUCUCUGCAGGUAAUGCGAUGAAUACUCAGGAUGUCACAGGGGAACCUGUGGUUUUUUUUCUAGAAUGUAAAAUAUAUAAUGGUAGAGGCGCCCUCUAAAUAUUCACAAGUAAUGUGUGUUUUAAUGUAAUGUAUCCCAGUAUCCCAGAUGAUAUAAACAGUCUGAUCCAGGGAGUAUUAUGUGACCAAGUGAAAAAGGUUAUUGCUGUCAAAGUUUGUUUUUGUACUUCUAUAUUUAAACCGCUUUAUAUAUUAUGCACGUUUUUUUAUAUAUGUUUGCAGCAUCCUUUCUGGUUCGCACAUGUCAUUUUUUGGCAGUUGCCUUGUUGCGUGCUAUUCCCAUCUGGCUAAAUAACUCCACAUUUGCCAAGCAUCUCUUUAUGAAGAGGUGGUUAUUUCUGAUCUGGGGAGGUACCCAGUGAUGUCAUUUUGUGACAUCAGCUGGGAAUUGAACUGUACCACAGAGAAACAACGUUUAACUGGUUUAGGAGUGGAAAAAGCAGUGGAGGAGUUGGAAUAACAAUGUGUAAUGUGCUCGCAGGGCCCCUGUAUGGUAUGAUAGCAAGCACUAUACUACAUGUUUUCUUUGCAUAGUAUUGCUUCCAGUUAUUAUUUGAAGAGCUUCUAUUCCGCACCUUGCUUCUUUUUACAACUUUUAUUCACACUUCAUGUUUAAUUUACCUUGGCAGUGCUUGUCUUCAUUUUCCUGUUAUGGUUUUGUACUUUCCAUGAGAGAUCCUUUCUGGCCGAUGGAUAAAUUUGGCAUGUGAAUGUCAACGAUUCAGGCUGUAUUAUUGCUUUUUUUCAUGAGGUCCAAUUUGACAGGGAAUACAGUGAUGAGCCCCCAUACCAUUUACUUAUUUGCAGAUGACAUCAUUAAUAAAAACUGCAAUUUAAGGCUUUUAUAUUCUAGAAAAAUGACUCUUUAUGUCAAGAACCGGGUGGUUCGAAACACGUAAGGAAGAUUUUUUGACUUUUGUAUUCCUCUGUUUGUUUAUGUACCUUGUGGAAUAAACCUUUCCGUUUGGAUUUUGAACAUUUGCUUUUCCUGGCAUUAUUUUUUUGCUUUUCCUUUUAUAUUCUAGACAAAUGUUAGCAUAACGGAUUACACACCUUCAUGGAACCCAGAAGGUUAUGUUUCCUUGGUUAAGUAAAGUUUGAGCUGGUUGUCUUUACAUUUAGCCACUAACUUCAUGCUUUAGAUUUCCACUGUUAUCGACUGGUAAAUAGUGAAUUAUAGAACAAGAGAAAUUACCACCGCAUGCAGUUUCUAACUCAUUCAACUUUACGCCUACUGUAGUAACUGCAAAUUCCCAUUAUAUGCUACAGGAAAAACAGACAAUUAUUCUAUAUUUGAGUACAUUUAAAGAAAAACUUCAAGCACCAUAACCACUACAGAACACGGUAGUGGUUAUGGUGUCAGAAGUGCCGUGGUCCUCCCCACACUUCAGACAGUCAAGCUUCCAUUAGUAAUGACAGAGAACUGGAAGCUCUAUGUCUGAGUAGGCCUGGUGGUGCAGGGCUUAGCUCAUUGGCUAAAAACAAUUUCACUACUUACAAUGGAUGGGCACCAGGGCACUCCUUUCACCAAAAUUAUGGAGCUAGAAGUGUAUCUUUAAGUACUAAAGCCUACCUAACAGCAUUUUCAUUAAUACCUGAGAAAUGUUGCUUGUCAGGUGUAUUAAAAGUGCAUUGGGGUUUAUUCACUAAACAGAGAAUUGUAGUGAAUUAAAUCCAAAUUGUACAUUUUAGGCUAAAAUUGUGGAGCUAUAACGCAGUCUUUUGCCAAAUUCAGCAAACCAUGCUAAAGUGGUUUGACAUUGUACUGUGGGACAGCGCCAAGGCUCUCCUAGCACCGUAACCACUACAGCAGCCUGUACCUGGUUAUGGUCCAGGGAGUGUUCUUGGCCUGGGAACAUUAAUAAAGGGACACUAUAGUCACCAGAACAACUACAGCUUAUUGAAUUUGUUCUGGUGAGUAGAAUCAUUACCGUCAGGCUUUUUGCUGUAAACGCAGUCUUUUCAGAGAAAAUGCAGUGUUUACAUUACAGCCUAGUGACAACUUCACUGGCCACUCCUCAGAUGGCUGUUAGAGAUCCUUCCUGGGUCAUGGCUGCCUAAAAUGCAUCCAAACAUUCAGUGUCUUCUCCCCCUGCAUGCAGACACGGAAUUUUCCUCAUAGAGAUUCAUUGAUUCAAUUCAUCUAUAUGAGGAGAUGCUGAUUGGCCUGGGCUGUGUUUGAAUCAUGCUGGCUCUACCCCUGAUCUGCCUCUUUGUCAGUCUCAGCCAAUCCUAUCGGGAAACACUGUGAUUGGAUCAGGCCACCACUUCUAAACGAUGUCAGCAGACUGCUUGUUUUUCUGAGGCAAACAGCAUGCAGAGUUACAGCUUCACGCUUGAAUACAGUAAGAUUUUGCUAUAUUCAUAGAGGCAUGAGGGGCUGAGGGGGGCUGGAUGGUGAUUUUAACACUAUAGGGUCAGGAAUACAUGUUUGUGUUCCUGACCCUAUAGUGAUCCUUUAAUGUUCCGUGGAACAUUUUGGAAGUUUGUCAUACAUUUUAUAUAAUACAUUAUUAGUGUAUUGCUAAUGGGUAAUAAAAAAAAAAUAGUCAGGGUUAAACAGUGAUAAUAAAUAAGUUGAUAUCUGUAAAUAAUACAGUAAAGAUGCAUAUCGUAGAUGAUAGGAGCAACAGGACAUGUCUUCAUGCUCUGAGUUAAAGAUGGCAAAAGAUGAUAAUGAAAGCUUAUAAAUUAACUGGUGUGAUUCUGAACAAAAACAACUAUAGGUUAUUUUAGGUCAGAAGGAAGGGAUGUGUAGACAAAGUACAGUGGAUUAUUUUUGCUAUUAUAUGAUGAGUUUUUAUAUCUCUGUAAAACAAGGCAGUGGUGUGUUUAGAUGUGCUGCACCUUCCCAUCACUGGUGUGUUGGAGUGGCUGUUCCUGAUGAUCUGGCCUGUGAAUGUUGUUGAUCCAGCAGGGUUGCAUAGCUUCUCAUUCUGUGUCACUCUGACACCUUUCGUGCAGCUGGCUAACACCUAGUUAAGAAAGGCUGUGCUGGGACACGUACAAGAGGGAGCCCUAAGUCACACUGGUAGAUUCACUUUAUUAUCUUAUGGGAAGAAGAUUUAUUGCCUGUUAGUAGAAAUGACUAUUUUUGACAUUUUUGUGAAAUUGACAAUGCUGCAACACAUGGCGUGUGAGUAUAGUUACAAUUUAUAAUCUUUUAUGGUUUUCCAGCUCACAUAGAUCAUUUUAAGACACAGAUAAUUUUAAGCCUGCAAAGUUCAUGACACAACAGACAUGACCCCACUAACAUGCAUACAGUGACCACAUAGCCAAUUAUUCUUAUUAAACUAAACAUAGUCACAUGCAGACACACACCCUGCUUUGGCACAUUAAAGCAGGUGUGUCAAACUACAUUCCAAAUAUGAAAAAGAGUGUACACUUUAAAGAAGAAGUAUGAUUUAAGCUUAAAAAGUUUUUUGUUUUUUUUAGUAAAAUUAUUGCGCUAUGACAUAAUUGCGGUCAGUUGAAAGCUUUGGGAUUUUCAAGGCAGAAGCAGCCCAUUCCACUGAAAAUGUGGCUGUCUAGUAUUUAUAAACCAAGCAUAUAUUCUUAACAAAACACCUAAAAGGAGUACUAUAGCAUUAGGAAUAGUGAUGUCCCGAACGAUUCGCCACGAACGGUUCGCCACGGACUCAUCAUUGAGUAAACUUUGACCCUGUACCUCACAGUCAGCAGACACAUUCCAGCCAAUCAGCAGCAGACCCUCCCACCUCCUGGACAGCAUCCAUUUUGAAGCUUCAUUCUUAGUGAGCUGUCCAGGAGGUGGGAGGGUCUGGGAGGGAGGGUCUGCUGCUGAUUGGCUGGAAUGUGUCUGCUGAUUGUGAGGUACAGGGUCAAAGUUUACUCAAUGAUGAGUCCGCGGCGAACCGUUCGGGACAUCACUAAUUAGGAAUGCAAAUGUGUAUUCCGCACUCCAUAGUGCCCAUUAGGUCCACUGCUCCCACAUGUAGAUAGUAAAAAAAGUUUAUUUACCUUACAGUGCCAGUCUCCGAGCUGCAGUCCUUGGCUCAAUGAUCUCAGCCAAACCAACGCUUUCCCAUAGGAAAGCAAUGGGAGGCUUGUGUAAUUGCACAGUCUGGGCCUAUCAGAUGGUCUCUAUGAGACUAAAAUAUCAGAAUUUUACUGUAUUUCGUUGGAAGCAUCGCUAGUGACUGUCUGAAUCUUAGUGAAAGCCAAUGGAGGCAUUUAAACCGUGCAAUAAAAACAUUACCAUUCUGCAGAAUGUUAAAAGGUGAGGGGGUGGGGAGGGGAGAUGAGGGCAUGCUACCCAAAGCACUUUAUUGAGAUAAAGUGGUCUGGGUUCCUAUAGUGUUCCUUUUUUACCCUAGUGUUAAGUAUUCAUAUGUUGUUUCUCAUAAAUACAAGUAUAUCUUGUGAACAUCUGUAACCCCAAAUUACAUGGUCAUUGUGUAUCGUACGAGGUGGGAGUCCAGUAUUAUCUGAGUAUUGUGCUUUUCCACACUCAAAAGAUUUUAGGUAACAUGCAGUCACAUAUCUGACUGACUUGUGUUUUAAAAACUUCUGGUAUGACCAAUGUCUUAUUACAAGUGAAAAACAAUGUUUUACGUUUCAAGAUCUAUAAACUAGUGACUGUGUAGAAAUGUCUCUGUGACAUCAUUAGAAAAUAUUAGAAAAUACAAACAUUAAAAUAGUCACAUUUCAAGUUUUAGCUGCAAAUCCCCAGCAAUUAACAGCUUGUUGAUUGUCAGUACAUGAAAAUGCUGCCCUUUUUUGUAAACUGUAUAUAUUGUGUCUUAUAUAGAGUGUCUCCGUUUAUUUAUUAUCUUUUAUCUAUUAUUCAUUAAAAGUUAAGUUUUAACUCCUUUCUGCCUAAUACGAACUGGUCAGUGCUUCUCUGUUUUGCUCUUGUUUUGUAAUAAUGGAUCAUGUAUGUAUUGCAGGAUUCCUGAUUGAUUUAUCACCUGAUUUACUACCUGCAGUAUGUGACUGCUAAAUAGUGCAAGGCAGCAAUUUCUGUAUGUUGCCCGUCAAUAUGUAUAAAUUAUAUGUGUACUGAAAAACUUGAAGAAUAUGGUAUCCCUUUUUAUGGGAUGUAAUUGUAAUUCAAAAGCUACCUUUCUUCAGAAGAUCACUGGCAAUGGAACAACAAUGACCAGAAGCCCCUACUGUUUCCUGAAAUUAGCGCUGUGCAGAGAUUUAUGGGAUAUGCUUAAAACUUGAAUAAAAAGUUAAAAGGGCAUUUUUGGCUGCAUCACUUGCUGCACUUGACAGAGCUUGCUGCAGACGAUGCAAAGCGUGGGGAUUUGCAGCAAAUGCAGAAUUUUAAAACUUGGAUUUUUAAAAAAUAAUUAUAAAUAUGAUCACUUUAAAUAUGGUUUGGAAUUUUUUGAAUAAUGCAUUCAAAAAUGAGUGUUGAGUUUGGGGUCACUUUAAUGUCAGUAUAAUAUAUUUCUGGUAGCACUAUCAGAAUGUUAAUUGGCUCCAAUUAAUGCAUAGCUUGAUUAACUACUGAAGUCAGCAGUUAUAGUGCCGUGAGUUGACAGAAAGUCAGUGUGGCAUCAGCAGUGCCCGCAAAUAAAAUGAACAGUCCAAUGGUGAAAAUAAACAUAUACAUUUUUACUGUUAGAAUUAAAUGCCAAAAAAACUCAAAUGUAACCAGUGCUGGGAGAGUCUCCUCAGUGCAGUUACUUCAAGAAGCCUGUCUCAAGUGAUUCUCUCUAAGAUAAGCAUUGGUUGCAUUUGUUAUCACAAAUUCACAAUGCUUUGACUGAUGAUGCAGAACGUAAAGACCUUUGAAAAUUGAUGGUCUUCAGUGAGCAAGCCACUAGGGGCAUGAUUUUGGGAAGAUGUAAACAUUGACGAUGUAUCAGAAACUACAGUGUUUUACAUUAGCAGACAGAAGGGGCAAUAUCUUUACCCACUUCUCUAAGGUGAAGUGGUUUUGGUGCUUACACUGUUCCUUCAAUAGUCUGAUUAUGCCAGAGUGUCUUUGAGAAAGACAGCCGCUAAAGAAAUAGUAUUGUUUAUUAAAAGGCAGUUUAUAUAUGGAGACUAUAUUUAAAAGAAGAAAAACUACCAUAACAAGAGGACAUAGUCUUAAAUUAGAGGGACAAAGGUUUAAAAAUAAUAUCAGGAAGUAUUACUUUACUGAGAGGGUAGUGGAUGCAUGGAAUAGCCUUCCAGCUGAAGUGGUAGAGGUUAACACAGUAAAGGAGUUUAAGCACGCGUGGGAUAUGCAUAAGGCUAUCCUAACUAUAAGAUAAGGCCAGGGACUAAUGAAAGUAUUUAGAAAAUUGGGCAGACUAGAUGGGCCGAAUGGUUCUUAUCUGCCGUCACAUUCUAUGUUUCUAAAUUUCUAUGUUUUAUUGUUCCAGGAACCAGGCUGGAGGCAUCCAUUAGUUUAUCCCUAUAUGUUCCUAUGCUGAUCACUGACUAGAACUUGAUUUACAGAUGUACUAUGAUUGAAAGCAUCGAGCAUCCAGUCAGAAUACAGCACAAUUCUAGUGCGUUAUUCUUGUUUCCUCCAGUUCUGCAGCUUUCCCUGAAGUGCAUGGCUUCGUGCUGUACUAAAAUUAUGACAGGCAUUUAAAUUCAAAUGGAAAUGUGUCUCAUGGUGCUAUUUCAUAUAAAAUCCAUUCAUACUAAAGUGUUACUAACCUUUUAAAUAGCCGUAACAUUUACAUAACAAUACAUUGAAAAUAGGACACAGUAGAAAAACCAGAAUAACAACAGAGAGACAAUCUAACAGUAUGUAGUAAUUGUCUCAAAAAACAAACAACCAACCAAAACAUGACAGAUCCCCUUUAAGAAUGUCUUGCACCCAAACGGACGUUGCACUACUAGAUUAUAGCUUCAGGGUUUUUUAAGCUAUUCCUACAAUCAUGCAUUACAUUUAAAUGUGUUUGAGGUGCAACACUGCAAGUCAUAGGGCUUCAUAGAAAAAAUAAAUAAAAACCUGAUAUUUUUUUCCCUGGAGGAUGUGAGAUGAAUUGAAUAUAACCUCUGCAGUCACAUAUAUUUUGAAUGUGUGUACAUAGCUUUAUGUGGCUUCUAUAAAUUGCAGUUUUAAAGCAAGUGGGCUAUCUGGAAUAUCAUCCUAUUAUCAACAGAAACUGAAAAUUAUGGUGAUUAUCUGAAAAUGGUGGAUAUUCAAAGGUGGCCUUGCUAUCAGAAGAAUUAUUGGGGCCUCUUACAAAACCACCAUUGGCUGGGCCCUCCUUAUACAUGCUAGCAGAAACAACACACACACACUUUCACAGAAACAUACACACAGAUACACGUUCCCAGUCUUGGACAUUCCCAUACUCACAGAUAAACACUAGCACAUACAGAAAAAUAAUUCAACAAACACACUUAGAUACACAUACAUACAUACAUACAAACACAGGUACACACUGCCACGUACAUUUACACACACAUACAUACUGCUACACAUAUACACAAAGUGAUAAAAACUACUACACCAAGAUUUACGCUACCACACACAAAUAAAUACUGCCACACAGACACAAAAUUAUUAUACCCAGUUAAGCUAUAUCUUAGCCACACUCAUCUUUGUUUACCUUUGUGCUAAAGGAGGGUGGCUUCCCUGGAUCCAGUGGGGCAGGGACCUGCUCAGACUCACAUUCAGAAUGCAAUAUUUAUAUCUGUCCAACCAGAUUCCUUAGCGCUCUGCUUGUUGGCCACACUGGGCCCCAUACACAUGUAUGGCUUAACCCAAUGAUGCAGAUGUUUAGGGGUGUAUAAUUUUUUUGUUUAUUUUUAAAUGUAUUGCAGUGAAUUAUUUAUUGGCAUCCAUAAUAUCAAGAUUAACUGUUGCUAUUUGCCUUGCUUAUAUCUGUGCUGAGUCUCUCUGUCUCUUUAACAAAUCUUGGGUCAUACUUUCUGUUUGUUGGUGCACGCAUUGCUGAAAAGAUAUUAUGCUUUGAUUGCACAAAACUAAAUUAAAGACUAAUAUCUUAUGUGUUAUUUAUUAUUGCUGUUAAGCUUUUCUUUUUGCGGUUGACUGUAGUGAAUAAUUGCUCUCACGCCCCAUUUCUAAAAGACCACAGUGUAAAUUGAAACAGAGGAACAAAUUAGAGGGUGCACUAAGUACUGCUAAUGAAUGGCAGAAAGGAAAAACUUUCUUGCUGAUGUUAUUUCACAUAAUCUCAUUCCUUAUGAGGUUUUUAAAACAGGUCAUGUAAACUGUAAUGAAACUGGAGAAUUUUGGAUCCUUCCUACUGACAGGUGCUGCUUCUAUAGUCCUUGUACUACUGUUUUCCCUCAUAGGAAAUUAGUGAUAUUGUUAUAUUGUAAUACAGUCCAUCAAGUUCAGCGUUUUUAACACGUUUCUUUCUGCUGUUGAGCCACAAAACAAAAAUCCUUUCCCCUGCCAUAGGCAAAAUCUACUUUUUUAAAGUCGAAGGGCUUUUUUUUGUGUUGCCUGUAGGUAUCUGAUGUAAGCUCUUGUAAUUAACAACAGCCAAAAGAUAUUAGCGUCCACAAAUUACGGAUGACUUUCUAAACUUGUGGUUGUUCUUUAGUGGCCUACUGAUAGUAAUCACCACAUAGCAAUUACCACCUUUGUGAGUACUGAAAAAAAGUGCAUGCAACAAUAAUUUGCCAUAUCAACAACCUAAACUAGACAAAGUUGUCUGUUUCAGUGUUGCAGCAGAGGACAGUGUAUUGUGGCACUGAGAGGCAUAGAUCCCAAUAAUACUGGAUAGGGGAUGAAGAGUAAUAACGUGGCCCAAGACAAUGAGGAGAUCCCAGUCUCAGUAGCAAUAAAACUCAACGCUGAGUUUUUUUUUAGCAGUAUAGUUCAGUUUGGAGUGUGGAGGGUGGAGGAAUGGAAAUACAAGGGGAUUAAGGAAUGGUAAUAUGUGAUGCUUGGGGAUGUGUGGGUCAAAGUGGGGUGUCAGUAUUUGGGGUAAGUGGAGGGCAGUAGUUGGAGGGUCGGAUACUACUGUGUGUGUCUUUUGGAUACAUCAAACUCAUACAUUCUCAACUCCCUUGCAAUGGGAUUCUUCAGAGAGUACAGUAAGCUGUAGCAUUGCCAUUCAUGAGUUGAGUAAAAACAUAAACGAUAUGUCAUAUCUAUAAUCAGGUUUUAUAAAUGUGGUCCACAGAACCUUUAAGGCCAUGCAUUGCGUGUGUAACAAAUGAACUUAUAUUAUUGCUUCUGCCAGUCUGAUUUCUUCAACAGAUGAUAGUGAUUCUAUAAGGUUAGAUUGUGUAGAGCUUUUCCAUUGGAGGGGUAUUAAUGUUUUUGUUGUGUUAAUGAGGCAGAUAUUGUGAUCUUAUAAUAUUGUUCCAUUGACAGCACAUUAAUAUGCAUCAUGCCGCUGGUUUAAAUGCAGGGCUCGUGAUGUGGGAAAUAAUUAAAUGUAUUGGUAUCCAAAAAAGAAACAAUCAGUAAGUCCACAAGAUAUAGCAGAACGUGCCCCUGCCACUUUGUUUCUGACAGCUGCAGUGGGUCCUUUGUAUGGCCAAAACCACCUGGACAAUAAUGUUGCAGAUGUUUUCUGGAUCCACGAGGAGAUGGAGCAAUGUUGGCUGGGGGUACAGAUUUUUACCCAUCGGAUGUCCGUAAAGACUGUUUUGUAGUGGCUGUCCUAUAUGUUGUAUGGAAAAAACUUAGGAGUCAGUGGUAGUGGAACUGUACUAUGAAAGGUAUAUUUGUCAUUUUUAUCUGACGUUGUAAUUGGCGUAGCUUACCCUGGAGUGGAGUUGGUUGUGUGCUUUAAGUUUAAAGACCUGUGGUGGGUGUUCUAGGCCAGUCCAUGAGAUGCAGGCAUAACAAGGUAAGUAGGUAUUGAUAUAAUUCAAGGAAAGUAGAGGAAAAAAGAUAGUACUGAAUGAGACGUUAUUGCUGACAUGUCUAUUUUAUUUUGCUGAGUAGGCCAUAUUUUGCUGAAUUCUUCUACAAUGUGUUCAUCUGCAUAUGCUGCAAUUUUAUGUUCCCAAGCGGGAGUGGAAAUGCUGUGUAUGGAAUGGUGUCUGUAGAAGGCCUUCAGAAGGGAACAAAUUUUAUACAGAAGUGAGAAAAAGUUGGAGAAUUAAUUAGUGUAUUUUGACCUGACAUUUGUAGUCCACUUCAUCAUUCUGUCAUUUACCACAGUAACCCAUUUAACUGACAGUUUUCAUUCAUUUGUACAAGUGGUUCUCCUUCAUUUCUUGCAAUAAAUUAAAUAAUUCCUGUAAAUGUUUUGCACAUGUAAGUGACCCUUAUCAUAAAUUAGUGGUUGCUAUUAAGUAACAGUAUACGCAUGUUAAUAUUUACAAAUUUUCCUAAAAAAACUAUUGAAUGGCAGGUAUAGAUCCAUCAGCCAAGGUGUAGGAAAAAAAAUAAAAGGACUAAGGAUAGGAUUUAUUAAAACUUAAAGGAACCAUGUAGGCAAACUGACCACGUUAUCUCAAUGAAUGCAUUAACCCUGCAGCUGAAAACAGUGAGGCUCUAGCAAAGUAAAACUCUAUUUCAGGCAGAUGGUCUCAAAGAAAAGCAUUGGAUUGGCUGAGAUCCUCAGCCAAGGAGAUGGGGCCAGACAAGGGGAAACAAGGUGACAAGGUGCGUUAAAUCCUGAGAAGUUAACGUUUAACCCUUGGGGGGCGGGGGGGUGGAUGUCACCUAUUCCUAGUGUUACAUUUACUGUAAUUAUUUAAAGGAAUACUAUAGUGGCAGGAAUACAAAGCUGCUAAAGGGUCAGUGCACCCAGACCACUUCAAUGAGCUGAAGUGGUCUGGGUGCCUUUCGUGUCCCUUUAAAAUAUCUAUCUAUCAAGAAAGUGUUUCACAAAGAAUAAUCCGUUAUAUAGUCAAAGAGUGUAAAUGUAACAAGUUGCACCUGGGAAAACUAUAGAGGAAUAAAUGGGUACAGCCACAGAGGGGAGUACAGCCACAGAGGGGAGUACAGCCACAGAGAGGAGUAGGAUAGGUAUUUAGUAAUCAAACUUUACUGUCUUCCCGAAGACAGGAAGAAAGAUAUUACACCUAUAAUAAUACCAUUCUAAUCUACCCCUGGAUGGUGGGCUAAGGUAACAUCCCCAGGACGUACUUGAAAACCAGAGUAAUCUAAAUGUACCUUUCCUGGUUAAAUACUUUGUUAUUAUUUGUUAUUAUUAUUAAUCUGUGUCCCUACUCGUGCUUUUGAGGGCACCUAACUAAAGUAAAGGAGCAACCCUAAGCUACAUUAUGAUAAGCUGCACCCUCAGUUUACACAUCAUUUACCCUACUCUAUGUUUUACACGUAAGAAUAUCUUGAUAUUAUAAUCUAAAAAAAGUGUACUGAAUCAGACAUGUGAUAUAUUCUACCAGCUAAUUUUUUCUGUUAUACCUUUUGCAAUGUUCAUCCGUGAAAUUUGCAAAGCACUACAAAAAUUAAGAAUGAUAAAAAAAAACAGCCACUCCUGAUUCCCCAGGCUUGCUCGUGGCUGCGGCUUUACCUGACCGGCGGCCAUUUUAGGUAAGCCUUUUGGGCCUCGCUUGGGCUGUCAUGCUUCUAUGGUUGCUGUGCCACCUGCGGGGACCCGGAUAUACCCCCCCCCUGUUCAGGGGACGGGUGAGUUGCGUGGCACCCACAGUCUCAGGCUGGAAGAACGGCCGUUUCCUCCCUCCGUGGGACCCGCCUGACGGGCAGGCCGCUGGAGCUGCAGCUGCAGCACCCCAGUCAAUAGAGCUAGUAGUGUGGAACAAUUUCCUUUCUCUGCUGUCACAGAGAAGCAUUUGAUUGGACUGUUUUCACAUUUGAUCUGAGACGGGAAGAAGAGGGAGUGUGGAUGGAUAUAAAGAAUAACUGUCAAUGCAGGGAAGGGACUUACAAGCUUCCCUUUGCAAGGGUGCAGUUCGCUGUCAUGACAGAUGUAAUUUUUGCACAGAAUUAAAAUUAGGCAGCCUGGAACAGAGUUUUGGACUGCUUACGUCACAAGUGCUGGGGGUGUAACUAGCCACGGCACAAAAGUGCAAAUAUUUCUGUAUGUACAGCGUUUCAAUCAGAAAACUGCACAUACAGAUUGCUACCACCAUGAACACUUCCAUAGACAGAAGUGGUCCAGGAUGUUGGAGUAACCCUUUAAACAAUAAAUCAGAAGCAUACAAUAUCAAACCCUAUCACUGCUCAAAAAAUAAAAUACGGCAAAAAAAAUGAGAGCCCUCUCUCGUAUUUCACCCAGCUCUUUAUGUUUGAAAAUCAGAUAAGGUGUGACAGAUCCCUGAAAAGGGGACAAUUUUAGACAUACUUUUUAGGUAUUAUAUAUUUACAUUUAUCUGUAUGGAAUCAAUACUACAGAACACAAGUUUGGAGCGUCAAAGCCAAUAUUCUGUAGCUAAGCUGGAAAAAGCUAUAUCCACUGGCUCGUUCACUCAAAUGAGAACAACUUUUACUUGAUUAAAUAAAAUAAACACAUAAUUUUUUCUUUGUGAAACGAACCUAAAAUAAUUAUAUUGUGGCAAAAUAAAUUCAUCAUCACUAUUAAUACUAAGAGUUAACAUACUAGUUCCUCGUUCAUCAUAAGAAACCUUAAAAACUAUUUUUAGAUCCCUCAUUUGAGCACAAAACUGAAUGAAUAAAUAAAAAAUAAAGAUGAUGGGGUGCUUGUUUCCACUAUGUAGGUUUCCUUUCUGCAUCUCUUACCCUCCUCUGAUAAUAAUGGUGUUGUUCAUUUGCAGUGCACUGGGGUCCUCCAGCCAGGUUUUCACCCCAGAGAUAGCUACAUGAAUGACUGCCUUUUCUCAUAGGUCUCCACAUGCAUUAGCACGUCCCCAGCACCUGGCCUGAGCUCUGAGGGCGCAUUGUGUCUGGCUUCUGUGUGUCGAUGCUUGCAGCUGCGCUCUGUCACAUGCAGUGCCUGUCACCCCAAGCCCUCUAUGGACCAAUAGAUUUACUUUGUGAGCCAUUUGGAAUCAUCUUCAAACACUUCUUUUAUUUUGGUGUAAAACCCUCCAUUUACUCUAUUACUUGCUUUUUAAAAAAUAUUUUUUAUUAUUAGGUUCAAAAAUGUAUUCAGGAAGAAAGCAAGCUUCCCAGAUCUACUUUUUUUUUAGCAAGUCCAAAGUAAAUUAUAGAGGGAUUUGGGAUUUAAUACUCCUUGUUUACAUAGUCACAACACAAGCUCAGACGCACUGCUUCCUGUUAAAAGCUAAGUUAUUUUAUAAAUAUAGCAUUGGACUAUUAGAGUGUUUAGCAGCACGAAUGCUAGAACAAAUUGCUGCUCACCCCCUCACACUCAAAGGGUUAAUUUCCACUGUUACAUGUAACAGCAAUUGCCACCAGCACAAGUAGAGAGGUAACUGCAAGGAAGUUAAAGGAACACUAUAGUCACCUAAAUUACUUUAGCUAAAUAAAGCAGUUUUAGUGUAUAGAUCAUUCCCUUGCAAUUUCACUGCUCAAUUCACUGCCAUUUAGGAGUUAACCCCUUCACGCCGUUACGGCGUUCUAUGCCGUCGUGGCUUUAAUGGGCUUUAAAGCCGUUUCGGCGGCAUAGAACGCCGUAAUGGCUUUCUGCCCCAGAGGACCAGCGGUACUUACCUCCGCCGCGAUCCUCUUCUGGAGGGCUACCAGACCGCCCAGGCAGCCCUCCUCCGGUGAAUGAGGCCCCCGGGGGCCAUGUGAUCGCUCUCAGAGCUGGCUAUGGAUCUGCCAGCAGGGGGGCUGUCUGAAAUAGCAGACAGUCCCCUUGCUGGUGGGAAAGUGUAAAAAAAAAUAAUAAACAUGUUAUAAUAUAAAUUCAAUAUAUUUUUAUAUAUAUAAUAUAUGUGUAUAUAUAAUAUAUAUAAUAUAUAUACACAUAUUAUAUAUAUAUAACGUCAUACGUAAUGUAUUUUAAUAUUAAUAUAAGUAUAUAUUAAUAUUAAAAUACACUUAGAAUGACCUUACAUAUAUAUAAUAUGUAUAUUUAAUAUAUAUAUAUAAUAGAUAUAUACACAUAUAUUAUAUAUAUAUAUAUACGUAUAAUUACAAUAAUAAAUAAAUUAAAUAAUAAAAUAAAUAAAUAAAAUAUUGAAACAAAAUUUAAUAUAAAUUAUAUAUUCAUAUGUAAUUUCAUUCUAACUGUAUUUUGUUAUUAAUAUAUAUACAUUGGUAACAAAGUACACUUUGAAUGACAUUCUAUAUAUAGCUAUCUAUAUAUAAAAUACAAAUAACCGCAAAUAAAUAUAUAUAGAUAAAUACAUAUAAUUACAUAAAAGAUUACAUUAGUAUACACGUAGAAUUUAAAUACCUAUAAAUGCAUAUAUAUUAAAAUUCUACGUGUACAUUUAAGUAAUCUUUUAACAUAAUUAUGUGAUUUGAUUAAUUAAAAUUUGAUUGACAUGCCUGACAACACAGGGAGAAAGUGCAGAGAAUUUAAUUCGCAAGCACUAUAUUUGACCCUGUAACUCUCCAAGACUCCAUAAAACCUGUACAUAGGGGGUGCUGUUUUACUCGGGAGACUUCGCUGAACUUAAAUAUUACUGUUUAAAACUGGUAAAUUGUAUUACAACGAUGAUAUUUUAAGUAAAAGUGACUUUUUUUGCAUUUUUUACAAACGAAUGUCAUGUUUAUGGACUAUAUUAUUGUUGUAAUAUGUUUUACUGUUUUAAAACACUAAUAUUUGUGUUUAGUGAAGUCUCCCGAGAAUAACAGUACCCCCCAUGUACAGGUUUUAUGGUGUUUUGGAAAGUUAGAGAGUCACAUAUAAGGCUUGCAUUUCAUUUUGUUGACAUUGAAAUGUUGCCUUUGAGACCGUAUAGUAGCCCAGGAAUAAGAAUUACCCCCAUGAUGGCAUACCAUUUGCAAAAGUAGACAACCCAAGGUAUUGCAAAUGGGGUAUGUCCAGUCAUUUUUAGUAGCCACUUAGUCACAAACACUGGUCAAAUAUUAGUUUUUUUCUUUUUUCACAAAAAAACUAAUAUGAACGCUAACUUUGGCCAGUGUUUGUGACUAAGUGGCUACUAAAAAAGACUAAACAUACCCCACGUUCAAUACCUUGGGUUGUCUACUUUUUCAAAUGGUAUGCCAUUAUGGGGGUAAUUCUCAUUCCUGGGCUACCACACCGUCUCAAAGGUAAUAUUACUAAUGUGGCAAAUUUCAAUGUGAAAAUGGAACGUUCUAUAUUUGACCCUGUAACUUUCCAAAACACCAUAAAACCUGAUAAUAGGGGGUUACUGUUGUACUCGUGAGACAUUGCUGAUUACAAAUAUGUGCAUUUUCUUAACAGUUAACAGUAUUAUGACAUUUACAGCUAAAAUGUGAGGCGGAACUACAAAUAAAAAAAAAAAAAUUACAUUUCUCACAGUUUUUUAAAUUUUAUUCAUAAAUUAUGUUUCAUAUAUAAAUAUUUGAUAUGAAAUGAAAGCCCUGUUUCUCCUGAACAAAAUGAUAUAUAAUAAGUGUGGGUGCAUUUACUAUGAAAGAGUUGAAUUACGGUUGGACAGACAUGUAGCGCAAAUGCCAGGUUUUGUUUACAUUUUGUUUUGUUCACAACGUGAACAUUUGGCUCCGUCCUUAAGGGGUUAAAUCACUUUGUUUCUGUUUAUGCAGCCCUAGCCACACCUCCCCUGGCUAUGAUUGACAGAGCCUGCAUGAAAAAAAAUACUGGUUUCACUUUCAAACAGAUGUAAUUUACCUUAAAUAAUUAUAUCUCAAUCUCUAAAUUGAACUUUAAUCACAUACAGGAGGCUCUUGCAGGGUCUAGCAAGCUAUUAACAUAGCAGGGGAUAAGAAAAUCUUAAUUUAACAGAACUUGCAACAUAGAAAGCCUAAAUAGGGCUCUCUUUACAGGAAGUGUUUAUGGUAGGCUGUGCAAGUCACAUGCAGGGAGGUGUGACUAGGGUCAUAAACAAAGGGAUUUAACUCCUAAAUGGCAGAGGAUUGAGCAGUGAGGCUGUAGGGGCAUGUUCUAUACACCAAAACUGCUUCAUUAAGCUAAAGUUGUUCAGGUGACUAUAGUGUUUCUUUAAGGUGAAAAUGUGCCCGAAUGUUGUAGGUUCAAUUUAUCUGCUCACUGAUUAGUGGAGCAUUAGAUAUGUGUAUCAGGUGUGACAUCAUAUGACAUCAUAAAGCAGCUUUCACAAGCUUUAGUCAUAUCAUGGCACAAGAGUCGUUAACACACCCUUGGGUGUAUUUACAAUGGGAGUAAGCUAUUCUUGUAAAUAAAGUAAUUUAAUGUUCCAUCUUGCACUGCACAAGCAGACUGCUGCCAGGUGCCAGUUCUAUAGGAUGGUUUCCAUUGUGGGGUCUCCCAUAUGCUUCAUUUGCACAGAUGCUAAUUCACUGCUGCUUUUACCAUAUUGGAUUAACGUGGUGAUGUUAACGAUUUUUACCAUGGGAUUUGCUGUCUAAUGCGGUACAUUAUCAGAUGGGCCUUUUUAGAUCUUUGCUGGGUUUUAUUUUUAGAAUUUCAUUGUAUGUCACCUUCUAGGGUUUUCGCAUAUUGUCUAAAACACAGUGUAACAAGUGAAAAAAGUGCAAACCUAGCGCUGCAAACUGUGGGAAAGAAAGGUGCUGCUACCAAGUGUUCAGUGAGUCAGUCCACACAACACAGAAUAGAGUGUAAACCCAAAUAAACAAAUAAAUCUGUGAAAGCACACAAUAAAUGAUUUUUUUUAACCAAUCAGUUUUUAUUGAGAUAAUAAAGUGUAUGGGGUACAGAAGGAAAAAAGGAUAACAUUCGGGGUUAUACAGAUCAGAUAUGGCCGUAUACAUUACAUCCCGUCUCAAGGCUCUUAUCAGUCACCUUAGUUAGAGAGUAAGGGUAACUAGUAACUUUUAGCCAACUGUAACAUGCCCUACAUUAAAGCCCUUGUGGGAGAAGGCUUUUAGUUGUGGGCUGCCUUCCUGGUGGAACGCUCUCCUUGUUUCAUGUUAUCUCGCAUUUAUGCAGAAGUGUAAGCUACUUAUAUAGUUGAAGGGUGUUUGGUCAGCGUAGGUCGGGGGUCAGGUCGGUGUCGUGGCGGAAAUUCUCUCCAUUUUGUCAAGUUGGGAAGGUGUCCCCUAGCUAAUGGACCAAUCCAGUGGUCAGGCGCUGAAGUGCCAGUGGCUGAAGAGGACCUGCAGGAGGAAGAUGGUGGUGCCCACAAGGGAUUGGUUCAGUUAAGUAGAACUCACCUUUACCUGCCGGACCACCAGUGGAGACGUCACCAUUGGGGGUCUUGCAUUCUGCAAAGUCCCUCGAAAGUGACAGCGCUUUAAAAUAAUGUAGCUCUGUAUAAUGUAUUGUCUAAAACCCCCCCCCCAAAAAAACAAAAACAUCUAAUCACCGAAUCCAACAUAUAAACUUUGUUAAAGUGUCUACAUCAGGGCAAUGAAUGUCUAUAUGAUAUAUUUAUUUGACAAAGAAAUUACAUAUUUUAACUAUGGAAAUUCAGGAAAAUCAGUUAUUUUUUAAAUUAUUUUUCACAGUGCAAAUUUAAUUUGUUGUUAUUGUCCUCUCUAUUAGUGACAUUAUUUUGGACCCUUUAGAUUCAGGCUGGUUUUGUGUGUUCUGCUAUAGUGAUGUUGUGUCAGAUGUUUUAUUGACAUUUGGCCGCCUGCCUAUCCAACCACCAGAUUUAUGGAGGUGCCUUUAACGCUCUUACUCAAGGGUGUGCCCAAAUGCCUGAGGUUAGGGUGGCACCUGCAGCUCCCCCAACAACAAUACUUUCCAGGCUAAUUCCCAUGCAUCUUCGAAAGCCAAGUGAAACCACUGUGAGGUGCAUUGUUUGAUGUAAUGUUAAAGUAACGUGAAUUUCUGACACUGUGAUCCAGUUCAUGUUCCCAGGCUCUCUAUCUCAAAAUAAGACCGUGUCCUCUCAUUUGAUGCUGUAUUGUGCUGCAAUGUACAUGGUUCACAAUAUAGCGCUAACUUCUGCUCCUAAUGAACUGUGAAAAUGUUCAUUAAUAAAAUGCUCUAUACAGGAUUUUCCUAAUUUGAACAGUACCAGCAUGUGAAGGAUGGCUCCUUAUUUUCCCUGCUUUCCAUUUAGCCCCUCUACCUUUGAUCUCUUACAGACAGCGGGGUAUGAUGGUAUCAGAAGUGGUUUGACAUUGGGCACCCAUGAGGGGCGUCCCCAGUCCCUCUCUAUGGUAAGAUGACCUUUACCCCCUGUCCCUGUCGCCCUAGGUCAGUGUAAUGUCCCAGGCAGUUUUCUUACUGUCUGCAAACUAUAUCCUUUCCUACUUUCCUGAACUUGUUCCUUUCCUUUUAGUGUGUAAUGCUGCAUUGUGUCUAGCUUUAGUAAACUCACUGCCUUUCCCUUUUCUCUGCAUGAAGUGCACAGCCCCUUUACCAUGUUUCCUAUAACAGGACACCCUCCUUAAAGUGGGGGAGAUGCACCAAGAAAUAUCAAGCUGGAGAGAUUUUACUUUAAUAUGACAAUGUACCCCCCAGUAACAACACUAAAUGUGGGUUUUCACAAUUCUCACGCAAUGCUAACCAGCGCUUACAAAACCGUCGUUAUUUUAUUUUAUCACUCAGCAGGCUUCUUUUACAGUGACGGCUGGUUCGUUUGAUUAUCACUUAUAUCACUGACAUAUUCCGCAGCGCUUUGCAAUUCCACAGGAGUAUAUAUAACAUCAAGUAAUUGGCAGACAAAACAAUGUUGUCAGAUAGCAGCAAGCUGUGCGUUAAAUGGGAAGCCAACGCAACAUAAUCACUAUAUGUCAUUGUAGUGGUUAUGGAGCACUUAAGCUACAAGACCCUAUCUCAGUCAAACUGAUUUCACACAGUUUGGACAAAACCAAUGGUCAAUAUCACUUUUAUCCAGUGGACACACUCAGCCAAUCACUGCCAUCCAAACAUAGAUGAAAUUGAUAUUACUUACAGUGAUUGAGAUUACAUCAUUAGCAGUUCUAAUAAGCGGGAGCCUGGACACUGGGGUCUUGGGGAUCAAUGUUUUGGCUGAACUUCUCAAAAAUGGUUUAAACAAUGGCUGAAGGAGAUCAUAGCCUUUUAUCACCAUAACCUUGACCGGAUUCCCCAUAAAGCCACCAAGACCAGGGCCUCAGGGCAUAUUAAACUAUGGAUGUUCUGCAUCAGGUCACAGGGGGGAGCAACUUCCUCUCACUAGAGAAGGCAUCUGCCUACUAGUGCUGGAGCCACUGCAAGUGCCUGCUCUUCAGAUUCAAAUUGGCAGACCUCAUGGGCAACAGAGGAGCUGCUAGCAUCAGUCUGUGUUUUGAACAGCUCUUUACUAAUCCCAGGAGCCAGGAAGCAACAUCUCCCUAGUGUCACUACAGAGCACAAACAAAUCCCAGCAGCAAACCAAUGAACACCAGGCAUUUAAAUACAAAUCAAAUGUGUGUGUAUAAAUAUGCCUGUAUCCCCCUAUACACCUUAUGCUACAGCCCGCAUCGCACUAAACACAAAUUAUCGCUCCUAUCCACAAACAGCCACUAUUCACAUGCACACAUAUACUACAUUGCAAACAGCCUCUCCCUCACAAAUACACACAACCCCACAACAGCCUCACUCCCAAACAUGCAACUCUACAAGCAACCCCCCCACCCCCCACAUGCACAACCUCACACACACUCAACCCCAUAAGCAACAUUCGCAGAAACAUGUAACACCAGAAGUAGCCUACCCUCACACAGGCACUUGAAGCAGCCACACCCCACACACAUGCAAACCAUACACGUAGCGUCCUCACUAACAUGAAACACAACAAAAAAGCCUCACCCCACAAGCAGCCUCUACACAUACAAACACAUUCACCAUCCAGUCAUACCCCAGUCCAGUCAUAUUUACCUGUCCAGUCACAUACACCAUACUGUUUGCAUAUAGGUACACCGAACAAAAUUAUAAAUGCAACACUUUUAUUUUUGCCCCCAUUUUUCAUGAACUGAACUCAAAGAGUUUUGUAUGUACACAAAAGGCCUAUUUCACUCAAAUAUUGUUCACAAAUCUGUCUAAAUCUGUGUUAGUGAGCACUUCUCCUUUGCCAAGAUAAUCCAUCCACCUCACUGGUGUGGCAUAUCAAGAUGCUGAUUAGACAAUUUGAUUAUUGCAAAGGUGUGCCUUAGCCUGGCCACAAUAAAAGGCCACUCUAAAAUGUGCAGUUUUUUAACACAGCACAAUGCCCACAGAUGUUGCAAGUUUUGAGGGAGCGUGCAAUUGGCAUGCUGACUGCAGGAAUGUCCACCAGAGCUGUUGCCCGUGAAUUGAAUGUUCAUUUCUCUACCAUAAGCCAUCUCCAAAGGCGUUUCAGAGAAUUUGGCAGUACAUCCAACCAGUCUCACAACCGCAGAGCACGUGUAACCACACCAGCCCAGGCCCCCCACAUCCAGCAUCUUCACCUCCAAGAUCGUCUGAGACUAACAAUCAGUUUGCAUAACCAAAGAAUUUCUGUACAAACUGUCAGAAACCAUCUCAGGGAAGCUAAUCUGCAUGCUCGUCGUCCUCAUCGGGGUCUCAACUUGACUGCAGUUCGUCGUCGUAACUGACUUGAGUGGGAAAAUGCUCACAUUUGAUGGCGUCUGGCACUUUGGAGAGGUGUUCUCCUCAUGGAUGAAUCCUGGUUUUCACUGUAGAUGGCAGAUAGCAUGUAUGGCAUCGUGUGGGUGAGCGGUUUGCUGAUGUCAGCGUUGUGGGUCAAGUGGCCCAUGGUGAUGGUGAGGUUAUGGUAUGGGCAGGCGUAUGUUAUAGACAAUGAACACUGGUGCAUUUUAUUGAUGGCCAUUCAUCCACGACCAUUACCUCAUGUUGCAGCAUGAUAAUGCCCAGCCCCAUGUUGCAAGGAUCUGUACACAAUUCCUGGAAGCUGAAAACAUCCCAGUUCUUGCAUGGUCAGCAUACCGGACAUGUCACCCACUGAGCAUUUUUGGGAUGCUCUGGAUCGGCGUAUAUGACAGCGUGUUCCAGGUCCUGCCAAUAUCCAGCAACUUCGCACAGCCAUUGAACAGGAGUAGACCAACAUUCCACAGACCACAAUCAACAACCUGAUCAACUCUAUGCGAAGGAGAUAUGUUGCACUGUGUGAGGCAAAUGGUGGUCACACCAGAUACUGACUGGUUUUUGGACCCCCCCAAUACAGUAAAACUGCACAUUUUAGAGUGGCCUUUUAUUGUGGCCAGCCUAAGGCACACCUGUGCAAUAAUAAUGCUGUCUAAUCAGCAUCUUGAUAUGCCUCACCUGCGAGGUGGACGGAUUAUCUCUGCAAAGGAGAAGUGCUCACUAACACAGAUUUAGACAGAUUUGUGAACAAUAUUUGAGAGAAACAGACCUUUUGUGUACAUGGAAAAAGUCUUAGAUCUUUGAGUUCAGCUCAUGAAAAAUGGGGCAAAAACAAAAGUGUUACGUUUAUAAUUUUGUUCAGUGUAAAUAUGAAGGUGGCCUAUGCAUUUAGGAAACUAGCCUUGGGAGAAGCAAGGAGGGUAAAGCUGACUGCGACCAUAACCAUUGCAUUAGUAUUUUGUGCACCUUUAACUCCUUGGUAAGAGCAGAAAGUGACAACGCCUCCCCUCUAAUUCAAGUAAAUUAACUAAUAUGCUGCUCUGCAAUAUCUGCAUAACAAAAUAAAUAUAAAAGUGUUUCAGACACACUAACACUGUUAUGUCUUCUUAAUAUACAAUACUUUUUUUAAAACUGACAACUUUGUAAGUCUAAAAGAUUGUGUCCAUAACUCUCCUAGAAUACCUUGCAAAAUAUGCAAAUUGAUAUAGACCAACAUUUUCAUUUUUCAGAAUUCCAGCCCACAUUUAUGUGAACUCCUUGGACAAUGCUCUGUUGUGCUAUGCAAAAAACCUUUAGAACAUGUAUUGAAUAUAAUGGAAUAAUAACAGGACAAAACUGCAUUUAUGGAGUGAUGGGACCAUUCAUACCAUGCUUUAGUGCAUCUCCCCUUUCACACCUUGCGUGCUUCAUCUUCCUUUAACCUAUGUUCUGUGAACUUUAAUAUGUUAAUCUAUUAAAACAAACUUAUAUAUAUAUCUGUCCUCCAAUCAAUGUUCACCAAACUGUGUUCCAAACAGGGUAUGAGGGCCAGACCUGCUUUUAUUUGGUCUAGCAUAUCUCUACAAUGUAACCUUCUUCACAUUCUUUUCUAACUUUUCCACAGUGACCUUUGUGUUAAGCUAUGGUACAUGAAUCAAGGUCUGUUAAUGGCUUUGUUUAUGCAUUACCCUAACGAUGACAUUACUAUAUUAUUAUUAUUGCCAUUUAUAUAGCGCCAACAGAUUCCGUAGCGCUUUACAAUAUUAUGAGAGGGGGGAUUUUACUAUAAAUAGGACAAUUACAAGAAAACUUACAGGAACAAUAGGUUGAAGAGGACCCUGCUCAAACAAACUUACAGUUUGUGGGAGGUUGUGUAUAAAACAUAUUAGGACAGGAAACAGCAAUCAAAUAAGGUGGGAGUUUAGCAGAGCUGGAGGAGAGAGUAAAGUGCUGCCCUUUAAGAGAGAGCAAGAGACAGGUAUGUGAGGUAGAGGUUACACUGAGAGACCAUAAGCUUUCCUAUAUAACAAUACCAUUGCCAUGGUUUAAAAUAGAUUGUGCGAUGUACAUUAUCUACUUUCGUAUACAUCUGCAAUAUUUACAUAUGCUUGUAUAUAUAAACAUUAUUAUAGCAAGCACAUACAAGCAUAGUCUGAUGCAAUAGGCUGGGAAACAUAUAUACAAGAAACAUAAAUAUUUAUAGAUUUAUUCAACAAAUCGUAACUAGUCUGGUGUGCUACUGAAUGGCUAGAUGCUAUAAAUGUGCUGUAUUAAGCAAAAAGCAUUGUUAGUGGAGUUGGUGGGCUUUAAUAUCUGCUCAGGGUAAGCAAGCAUAUCCCUAAAAUAGAUGCUGUAGACUUUGUAAUGAUGACACUAUCAGGCAUACUUGGAGAGGCCUUCUCUGUAGUUACAAUAGUGCAAUACACAGACCUUUGCUGCCCUCUGGUGUCCAUUAAGGGGUUAAUUCACAAAUGGAGAUUGUACAGAAUAAAGAAUGAAUUACACUUUUCAGGUCAAACAGGUUUAUUUAAUACAGUGAGAAUUGUCAGGAAUACACAGUGAAUUUCAAGUGUAAGGCCAUGUUAGCUGAUUUGGACAAUUUCGACAAACCAGAUAUGCUUCCAGUUUGGCUUCUUUUUCGCAACAUUUAAACUUUUAAAACAGAGUAAAAUUUUACUUUUAAUCCAACGGGUCUGCCCAUCCUCCCCUUUUUUGCUGAGAUCAUCAGAAUUAAUAAUCUCAGCAAAUCCAAUGCUUUCCCAUAUUAAAUCAAAUGCGCACAUGCGGCAAAACUCUGCACUGCGCCAUCAAGAACUAAUUGAAUUCAGGCAAAUAAGGUACACUAAAUGCAGGGGGGUGACCCCUAGUGGAACAAAAAAAUUAAUGAAAUUAUUUUUUUACUGCGCCAUCAAUGCAUCUCUAGAAAUGCAUCUUUAUGGGGAGCAUUCAGCGCAUCCAUGCAGACGCUGAACAGGAAGCACCUCUAGUGGUCGUAUGAGUAACUGCCACUAGGCUGUAAUGUAAACACUGUCCUUUCUCUGAAAAAGCAGUGUUUACAUGAAAAUGUGUGCAGGGACAUUACGCUGUAGUUGUUCUAGUGAUAAUAGGGUCCCUUUAAGCUGAGUUGGAGACUUUUUUCCAGCUUGGUUGUUUGCCUAUAAUUUACUAUUCCAUAUGGUUUGCCAUAAUUUCCAAAUCCAUGAAUAAAAUCGGCAUAUACACCACUAUGGACGUUUCUAUCCUUCUUAAACUGUAAACAUUUUUACAUUAUUGUCAAACUCAAAACAGAGUGCUUCCCUAUCAUUCUUUUAAAGUUCCUUUUUACUUAGAUACAAGGAUGUGUAAAACUCAGGGGAGGGAGGAUGAACGAGCACAUUGUAUUUUAUGUGGGAGGAAGUCCAUAUUAAUGUAUAUUCAUGUGAGACAUUGUAAUGUUAGUAUAAGGACAGUUUACAAUGACACAUUGUUUCAAAAUUCACUCCAGUCUCCUGGACAUAUAUUUAAAACGAAUGGCCAAAUAUUGUUUUUUGGUUUGAAGGGGCAUUCUAAACACCACAACCACUGCAGUCCGUUAUACUGGGUAUGGUUCUAAGUGUAAAGUGCCUAUUAUAGUUGUGUACUAAAGCAGCAUUGAUUUUGGAUAUUUGUGUUUUUCCUAUCGUAAGUGGCAGUACUGCAAACAAUUGGGUAGUCACUUCCUUAAGUGAAGCUCUGCAAAUUAAAAUAAUUAAAUUAAUUCCCUCCUCCCUGCCUAUAAAAGGCCACACCUCCAAGAUAUCCCCAGUUCUUCUUGUCCUCUGGGACAGACAAGUAGCUCAAUUCAAGGCUGGUGAGGCUCACAGGAUGACGCCUGGGGGAACAGUACCCGAAAGCUCCUCGGGUGGUUAAGCUGAGUGGCCUCCUUCCACAUCGCGUUAUGGAGCAAAAGUGGAAGGUAGAUUUUAUGCCGGUUAAUGCUUGUAGUAUGUCCCGGGCGGCCCUCCAAUCCCGAUGCAAGGGUGGACAAAAUAUUUAUUACAUUUCUUAAUCUUAAUACCCAUACCCCUUUGCUAGGAUAAAGGGCACUACAUCCUUAAAAUGUAUUUUCACAAGUUAACUUAAAUAAUAGUGCAAAUAGUUUAAUAUUUUUUGUCUAAGCAAAUCUAUCUGGAUUUGUCUCCUGAAGAUCUGUUAAUAUUUUACUUGUGGUUAUCUUUAAGGUGAUGAGUUCCCAACAUUGGGUGGUGUGAAAGUGGGACAAUGGGUGGGUGAUGGAAACCCUAGGGAGUGUGAAGCAUUGAGAAUAGCUGAUGGCACAAUGAGGGGUAGGCAUUGGCGAAAAAGGUGUAAGUAUCAGCCUGAACGGAUGCCAUGCUGAUUGUCAGUCGUGCUGGCCAGCACCCUUUAGAAUUGCAUGCACAAGGCAAUGUUGAAGUAUGCUGGUUAUGAGUGAGUCAAAUGAUGUUUCCUGGUUUUCCCAGGAGUUAUAUAUAGUAAAUCAAACCCAAACUGACAGGGCAAGGGCCCAAAACUGGGAGGUUGGCAGGUAUGCAAUUAUUUCACAAUCCUCUACAUUCUCAAAAUUAAUGAUAACAACUAAAACUGCAGAGAACAUGUGAUAGCAGCAGCCAGUAACAUUUUAUGUUUUGCAUAUUAGCUCCCAGCUUUCCCCUCUGCAGGACAUAGUGUCCCAAAUGUCAAAAGCCAGCUACAAAUAUUGUAUUUAAUUGCAUAAAAAAAGCUUCUGAACAAAUUGGUUUCAGACAGUUUUUAAAAUUCCAUAUGAUGUUCCAUAGAGUUUAUGGAGUCACUUUAAGGUUCAAGAAAACAUCCAAAAAUCCGAAGGUCAUGCGAUUUAACUUUUUUAUUUUUUGGAAAUAUGCCUAUUUUCCCUUCUACUCUAUUCCUUAUUCAUCAUAGAAAGGAUCUAUCAAAGUAUCCCAAAUUUUUUUAACAUACUAAACAUGCGAACCCAUACAUACUUGGAAAAUAUAUGCCAUAGAACAGGGGUGCCCAAAGAUAGAUCUCUAGAUGUUGUAGAACUACAACUCCCAUGAUGCUUUGCAUGCCUUUAAAAAGCUUUAGAAUGACAAAGCAUCAUGGAAACUGUAGUUUUAAAACAUCUGGGGAUCUACCUUUUGGGCACCCCUGCCAUAGGAGCUUCGUGCAUCAGAAAAUAUGGUAUAGCUACAUAAUAAGUAAAUACCAUGUCCAUGUAUAUGUUUCUAAAACCAUUACAUUAAAAGAUGUCAAAAUAACAAUGGCAGCAGUGUACUCAGUAGUACAAUGUUCCAAUAAGAUGAGAGAGCUUCACAUUCCAAUGUUGAUGUAUGAUGAAAAGUGUGCUCUGAUUUAUUUUUAUUUAUAAAUUAUUAGUCCCUUCCUGCUUUAUUAGUUUCUAAAUGUAUGGGGAUAAUGUGAACUGUAGUUGCACAAUGAUCUCUACCUUGUUUAUUGAAAAUGUUUCCAGUUUAAACAGUCUUCAAUAAACAUUAUCUGAUAUGUUAGUGCAGCUAUCCUAUUAUAUUGCAGCUCACUCUGCUGGCAGCAUAGUUAACUGUUUCAGUGCUGAUUAUGGCUGCACACUAAGGGGUUAAUGACUUCCUUCCUUCUUUCUAUCACUCUGAUUAACCCAGUGUAUAAACUCCAAGUUCUUUCCAAUGGAAAGCUACAGGAAAUUCCAGAGUAGUGGCUGGGAAGGGCAACGAAAUAUGCUCAUAUGCACACACACACCCACACACACACACAUACAGACAGACAGACAUAUGGAUGUAGUCAACUGUGGGAGGGGAGGGAUGUGUGUGUGUUUGGUGACUACUGUGAGAACAGCCGCUGCUUGUGGGUAUGGAUGCCAUCAUAAUUCAGGAACUUUUGGCUGAGAGACUGUUAACUCCCAGAACUCUGACCCAGAGAAAGUACCCAAUGAAACUCAAGGUAAUCUGCUGGAAAAUAGGUGCAAAAUAGUAAUAUGGGAAACAGGAAGGGGGACCGAGAAAUGUUACUAUGGACAUACAAAGCAUUUAUAUAUUAAUGGUUGUACAUAGUGAAUUACUGACUCUGGUAUGGUGGUAUGCUGCUGAUCUUCUCAUCGCAGUCGUGUCUGUGCCAUGCAAGUCUUUGAACAGAAAACAGAUUUACAUGGCACUUGUGGCACACUGUAGAGUUAAUAAAUUACAGAAAGAGAGGGAGUGUUUACAAAUGGAGGAAGGAGCCCGGAAAGAAUAAAUAGGAAAGGACGAGAGAAGGAGAAGUUUCAGAAAGAAUGCAUGAUCAGAUUUUUUGGCACUCUAGAAGCUUAGCAUUUUUUUUUUAAUUCUGUUUUUAUAGAAUGACAUUAUUGCAAAAACAGACAAAGGGGAAUUGCAAAUGAAGAGUGAGGGGGAUGAGGGCUGGCUAGUUAGAGCCUGGUACAGAAUUGGGCAAAGCUACAUAAUUACUUGUAUUUGUAAGUUUAGUUCAACGUUACUGUUAAAGGUACAGAUAGGGUAUGCAUGUCUUGUAUGGGAUCUUGUGUUGGUUGUCAUUGUAUAUAUACAGGCUUUGAAUACCCACAUAGGUAUGCAUCAUAAAAUAUAUUUCUAUAGUAGAAUCUUAAAAUGUAUCAAAUAGAAGAGGCAAAACAGUGGGUGUUGUAGAAGCCUUACAAACCAUUAAAUUCCUAAAUAGAGAGACAAUCAUUUGAAAAAAAAGUUCCAAAGUAAAAUUUUAUUAGCUUUAACAUAAAGAGUAGUUGAUCGUAAAGCAUCCCCUCGGCAGAUGUGGAAUGAGAAAACUGUUAAAUAUUUUUUCCCCAAAAUAUUCAGCAUACACAUUCACACACACGGUCCCUCCUAAAAUACAUCUUACUAUAGAAGGACAAGAAGCCAGACCACGGGGCCCACAUUUUUCUUACCUGUGGAUGUAAUCGUUGCUUCUGUGUUAUUUAUGACAUAAACCUAUAAUCUAAUUGGUAACUUUUGUUAUUCAUUAAAAUUUGAAUUGUCUGGAAUUUAAAGAAAAUUCUAUAUGUUCUAGCUUAAAUGUGAAAUUCACUUUUAAUUCCUCACGAUUCACACUUUAUUCACACAGACUUCCAUUGAAUAAAAUUAAAUUCAUAAAAAGAUUGGCUAUUUUCUAAAUUCUAUUUCUAUCUAAAAUAACAUUUUAUAAUAAUUGUUGUUGAAAGUUACAAAAAUGGUUUGUACUUAAAUUUAUAUGCUGUAUUAAAAAUACUGAUCUUUUAAGUCUUUAUAAGCUGCCCUAUAAGAAAAAAAAUAUAUAAAUUAUUUAGCUUAACCCUUUAAGUGCUUGAAUGCUGAAUGUGCAGUGCCAGACGUUAAUACUCCCUGCCCCCAACCAUGAAAGGGUUACACAUGUUAACUCAAGUACUUGUAAUACAAUACCCUUGUUCCCCACAUUAGGCCAUGGGAAGUAUGUAUGCUGAGUGUCCUUGACAAGCUUUCUUUCUUGUAAAAUGUAUCCAAUGUAUCCAUAAUUUUAUCAGCUGUGAGUGUUGCAUAAAAGAAUCAUUUGUUAAACAUUGUGCCUAUGGAAACCUUGAAAACAUUGUCUCCAGUUUAUUAGAUUCACUGGAUUAGAUACAAUGCAAUCUAAGAUGACCAUGGGUUGGGGGCCAAUCACUAUCAUGGACAUUUCUGAGUUAUGGUUCAUGGGGUUAUAGGUUCAAUACAGCAGGCUCGUUUACCAUAUCCUCCUAGUAUGUAUUCCCAAUUGGAGAUUUCUACAUAGCCAGAUGGUAUGACUCAAUCUGUUUAAUUAUACAUUUUAUUAGUAUAUGGUAAGUUGUCGCUACUAUUAAUUCCAGUAACAGAUUGCUGGUCUGGGUAGUUGCCUGGAAUAAAUAAUCUGUUAUUUCUAGUACUUUAAGAAAAAAAGCUCAACAACAACAUUGUACAUGAAAACCACUUUGUGACUUCUCACCAUCACCGUACAUUUGUCUACCAGGGUGGUCUAUAGAAUCACAUAUUAGUCUCUGACCCAGUGUUUGUGUAGGAUGUGAAGCAAAUCCCUAAAUGUUUAAGUCAUUAGGAUGGCCUUGUGAUUAGAAAUGUCUUAUAGAAAGUUUGAAUAUAAAAUGCUGCACAUGGCUUGUGUUGGUACUUUGCAUCAUCUGCUUAAUAGUAAUUUUGUUUAAAGGGACAAUAUAGGCACCAAAACAACUUUAGCGUAAUGAAGCGGUUUUGGUGUCUAGAUCAUAUCCCUGCAUCUCAUUGCUCACUUAUAUCCCUUUAUAUUAAAACAAAAUAGAAGAUAUCUAACUAAUUUUACAUUACUGGACAGGUCAAACAAGAUCUUCCUUUUCCCUUUACAGUGCCAGAUUGUAUUCUGGUAUCUCAUGUAUAGACAUCUCAGAUAUUUAUUGGAUGCUGACACCACAUGGUUUCAACAUAUUUAUUUUAUUUUGUUAUCAGUAGCUGUAUAAAAUGUUCACAAGACUUUAACGCAAUUUCUGCAUUGCCACUACAACACUAAAACAUUUCAAGUGUUUAAGUGGUAAUUCACACUAUCUGACCGUUUUGUAUUUUUUCAUUUUGGGUAGAUAUAUUCGAGAAGAGGUACAAUCAGAUUUUAGCGCAACCUACUUUAUAAAAAUACUAUUUCCUAUGUACUAUAUGGCGUAAAGGGUCUGCUAGAAUCUAGUGUUUGCUGCCUGAUGGCAUCUAGUUCUGUAUUAUUUCCCUUUGUCCUGUCUUAUAAAGACUUAUAUGAUAGUUUCUGGACAAUGUACUUUCUGGUCCUACACACAAACAUACAUAUAUUAGAACCAAAACAAAGCAGAUGAUCUGCAAUUCUUCCAUUGUCACUUCUAAAUUGAGAAAAUUUGCAUUUUAGAUUUCAGUUUGCCUGUGUGUAGAGCAGUGAAAGCAUUUUGUGACUUGUUCUGAUUCUUUUUAGAAGUGGUUGAAAAUCACUAGAAAUGGUUACCGGUAACUGGAUUUGUUACACCCUGUCAAGCAAAUGUAGUUCUACAGCCAAGAAAAUGUUUUGGAUACAUUUCACAUUUUCUGUGUACCAAACAAAGUGCUUGUUAGUUUGUAUAGUACCAGGCUUCCCCAAACUCCGGCCCUCCAGAUGUUGCUGAACUACAACUCCCAUGAUUCUAAGCCUAUCUUUUUCAUUCAUAGAAUCAUGGGAGUUGUAGUUCAGCAACAUUUGGAGGGCCAGAGUUUUGGGAAGUCUGGUAUAGACAAAGAAAAUUUUUUCUGUAGGUUCAAGUCUGUCUAAUUUGCCAUUUUCACUAUCUCUCAUAGGACCAAGAAAAGCAGUAUGUUGGGUUUGCCACACUACCCAAUCAGGUUCACCGAAAGUCUGUGAAGAAAGGGUUUGACUUUACACUCAUGGUGGCCGGUGAGACAAAUUGCCUAAUAUACUUAAAACAGCACUGCUGUGACAAUGAUUAGGAGCAAUAUAUAUAUAGACCAGUUGUAUACUUGUGAAAUCUAUUACAUUUUAGCUGUUAUAAUUGUAAUUUAAUGCUGUUUUGUAUGUCAAUGCAGGAGAAUCCGGCCUUGGAAAAUCUACGUUAGUGAACAGUCUAUUUCUCACAGAUCUUUACAAGGACAGGAAGUUGCUAAAUGCAGAAGGUAAACAAACCCCCUCUACAAAUUAUAGAUAAUUUAAUCCAUUUGUUUAUUUGUAUUUUAUUUAUUACCCACUUCUCUCUGUUUUGUCCCCAAAUAUGUGUUUGUGAACAUUGUAAAGCAAGCAUGUCAAGCUCAAAGACUAGCAUUGGCCAAAUAAACAAGGUUUAUAUUUAUGUGGGCCGGAAAAAAAAAAAAAACUUAAAUUUUCAUAGAAACGUAGGUUGUUUUUUUUUAAAAGUAAAGUAUAAAAAAAAAAACAGCAUCCCCCUCUACUAAACCCCAAUCCCCCCCUAUACUAAAUCCCAGUCCCUUCCCUCUAAUAAAUCCCUGCACCCCCCACUACUUAAUCCCUGCACCCCCCCCUCUACUAAACCCCAGCCCUUGUUUUAAAAAAAACAACAAACAAUAUUAGCCAACAAGCAGACUCCACUCACAUUGCCGCUGCCAGUAUGCGACUCUGGAGUCCAGCCUCUCGUAAACCCCCAAUGGCGCUGUCCACACCCUGUGCCAAAGCGGAUCCUCCCGCUACUCCUUGAAACCCUGUGAAGGUGGAACAUGUUGACAUCACGUUGGAAUGUGACAUGGCGUUACGUGCCUCCGUGCACAUCUAGGUCCUCCACUGUCCAGCCGUGGCCAUCGCAACACUGACCAACACACACUCACUGAUAGACACACACACAGUCAGACAGACACACUCACUGACAGACACACACAAUCACUAACAGACACACUCACUGACAUACAUACACACACACUCACUCUCUGACAGACACACACACUCACUGACUGACAUACACACAGACACACACACACUGACAGACACACACACACUCACUGACAGACACACUCACUGACCGACACACUCACUCACACACUGACAGACACACACACUGAGAGAUACACACACUCACUCUCUGACAGACACUCAUUUACUGACUGACAGACACACACACUCACUGACAGACACACAGUCACACUCACUGACAGACACACACUCUCUGACAGACACACACAGACAGACACAGACACACACACACACACACUCACUCUGUGACAGACACACACACACUCACUGACUGACAUACACACAGACAGACACACACUCACUCACUGACAGACACACACACUCACUCACUGACAGACACACACACUGAGAGAUACACACACUUACUCUUACACGCACACUCAUUCAUUCACAGACUGACAGACACACACACUCUCUGACAGACACACACAUUUACUCACUGACAGACACACUCACUGCCUGAUAGAGACUUACUGACUGACAGACACACACACUGACAGACACACACUCACUGACAGACACACACACACUCACUGAAGGACUCACACACUAACAGACACACACACUCACUCACUAACAGACACACACAAUGACAGACACACACACACACACACACACACUCACUCACUCACUCACUGACAGACACACACACGCAUUCUCUGACAGACACACACACACUCACUGACUGACUGACAGACACACACACACUGACAGACACACAUGCUCUGACAGACACACAUACACUCUCGCUCACUGACAGACACAGACUGACAGACACAUUGACAGACACACUCACUGACAGACAGACACACACACUCACUCUCUGACAGACACACACACUCACUGACAUACACACAGACACACACACUCACUGACAGACACACUCACUGACCGACACACACACACACUCACUGACAGACACACACACUGAGAGAUACACACACUCACUCUCUGACAGACACACAAACUCACUCAUUCACUGACUGACAGACACACACACUCACUGACAGACACACAGUCUCACUGACAGACACACACACUCUCUGACAGACACACACACACACUCUCUGACAGACAGACACACACACAUUAACUAACAGACACACUUACUGACAGACACACACACUCACUCUCUGACAGACAGACAGACACACACUCACUGACUGACAUGCACACAGACAGACACACUCACUGACAGACACACACACUCACUCACUGACAGACACACACACUGAGAGAUACACACACUUACUCUUACACACACACUCACUCAUUCACAGAAUGACUGACAAACACUCACUCACUAACAGACACACACAAUGACAGACAGACACACUCACUCACUCACUGACAGACACACACACGCAUUCACUGACAGACACACACACACAUUCUCUGACUGACUGACAGAGACACACACACUGACAGACACACACACUCUGACAGACACACAUACACUCUCGCUCACUGACAGACACACACUGACAGACACAUUGACAGACACACUUACUGACAGACACACACACACUUACUGAUAGACACACACUUACACAUUCUUGCACACACUCACAUCAUUUUAUUUAUUGUUCCCUACCUUUGGGAGCUUCUUUUUGGAGAUAUCCCUCCUGCUCCUCACUGCUCCCUCAUGCGCGCAGGUUAGUGAUGCUGGGCUGGAAUAACGUCAUAUUCCGGCAUCACUACAGACAGCGCGCAUGAGGAAGCAGUGAGGAGCAGGAAGACUGAGCUCCCUCGCUUCUGCCCGUGGACCGUGAGUUUGACAUGCUUGUUGUAAAGUGUCUUGGGGCGAAUGGAGAUUGGUUCAAAAAUUGUUCAACUUGUAUUAAAUUUUUUUCUGAAAAGUGUUAUUUUUCCUUCUAUAUUACAACAGAUCUGUGGGCCUCCAGUUAUGUCUUACUAAGCAAUACUACUUUGUGAAUGUUCACCAUGCAUGUACUUUGCCUCUUUUUUUACUCCAAAAUAAAAGUGGCAUAUAAGAACAAUGGCAUAUCUCUAAAAUAAAAUAAUUUUCUGCUGCAAAAACUCCAAAAUGUAUAUCUUAACAGACAAAUUAAUUUCCUUUCAGUUGUGAUAUAAAAGAUAAAAUCUGUCCCAGCAGGGGAGUUGUAAACACCCAUAAUGCAAUGCUUCUGCACACUGCUCUCUCUCCAGCUCUAGAGCUGUUCUUGGUCCCCAUUUGUUCUCUCUUUAUACUGCCUCUCUUGGCAAACGUAUUAAUUCCUUUGGAUUCCGCCAUCUGGGAUGACACCCAUAUAUAUCUCUCCUCCCCUAAUCACUCCCCUGCUUCCCUUCAACAUGUCAAUGCUUGCCUUUCUUCCAUAUCUAUUUGCCCUCCCACUUCCUGAAACACAAUCUUUCUAAAACUGAGCUUCCUACUUUUAAUCUUUAUAAUACUGUUCCUCCUCUUUCGCUUUCCCUGCAAGUUAAUGUUACCUGCAUUGGCCCAUCCUUGCAAGCUUGCUGUCCUGGUGUUAUCUUUGAUUCUGACCUCCCCUUUACAACUCAUUUCUAGUCUGUUGCCCAAUCCUUCUGAUUCCACCUUAAAAACAUUGCCCGCGUCCGCCCCCUUCUACUGCUAAGGAGCUUGUUCAUGCUCUAGUAAUUUUUUGCAUGGAUCAUUGUAAUUCUCUCCUAAUUGUUCUCCCCAGAAACCGUACAGCCUUGCUACAGUUUGUAAUGGAAGCUGCUGCCAUGUCGCUCCUUUUACACUUCGCCCUUCUGUCAAUCCUUACAAAGGCUUCAUUUGCCCUACAAUAGUCAAUUCAAAAUACUAACCCUUACCUUUAAAGCUAUAAACAACUCUACAUUUCAUCACUAAUUUGUAGAUACGCCCCUCCUCAGUUUCUCUGCUCUGCCGGUGUCCUUCUCCUGUCCGCUGCUCACACCCUUACACCCAACUCAUGCUUGCAAGACACUUUGCUAGCAUCUUCUUUCCUUUGGAAGAGCUUCCUAUCCCCAGUCUAGUCUUCAAUCCUUUUAGGGGUCCCUCAAAACCUACCUCUUCAGAAAAGCUUAUGGCCGACCAGAGUAACUUCUAUCUCACAAACCUGCCUCUUGCUCUCUUAAAGGGCCAUACUCCACUGUAAUCUUCCAGUUCUGCUACUUUCCCACCUUGUUUCUUAGUUGCUAUUUCUUUGAUGAAAUUAGUGAUUCAUAUGAAAAGCUAAAAUCACCAGUUUACGGUGGAAAAAUCCCAAAUCUGACCUUUCCCAGAUUCUUGUGGCCGAACCCUCAUUCAAGGUAUUCUGAAAGAGUUCAAAAAUGUGAGCAGUACCCAUUAGAAGAACACCUAGCCUGAUAUGUAUGCCACACUUUGUGGUAAAUGUGACUGGGUAAUGUCUCAAACUGGAAAACCUCUGGAAGAUCAUACAUUUAUUUUCCAUGCAUAAGUGACAUAUCCAGAGGUCUGGAUAGUGAAAGGGAUAUUGGGAGUAGAAGGUCCUGUUACAAAGGUAGUGUCCACGGUUUGGCCAUGGACAUCUCUACCAGAGUAACAUUCCAGUUCCUGCAUGGUCAUACAUGAGCCACCAGAAGCUUAUCCCUGAUGAAUUUUGGCCAUCACCCAAAGGAUCAGAGGAACAAGUAGUAGAUCAUGUGGAGACAACAAAAACAAAAUCUACAUUUCUGCCCUGGGUGCCAAAUAAACCUAGAUAUGCAUCUGAGCAAUCCCAAUUGAUUAUUUCUGGAAUACCUAAUUUAUAACUAAUGGUUGCAGUAAGAAUGUUGUACGCAAUUGAUGUUACACUGACUGAAGCAUUGAUAUGAAAGGAUUCUUGAUAUUCUGUAACUUCAAAGUUCUUGGAGUAAAUUUGUAGAGUGAGGAUUUUGGCUGCUGUGAAGCCUGGGGUCUGCUUUCACGUGUAAUUUGUAAAUAAUCUGGAUUAUAAAAAAAAUAUUAUAAAUAGUUUUUUAAGGGUUUCUCAUUCAUUAUUGGACAUUGAUAAAGAAUUGCUGCAUGUGACACUUGCCAUAUGUUCAGUUGCUCACCAGGUGACAUCACUGUAUAAAUUGGAGUUGACAUCUAUAACAGCAGCCUGUGGCCUAACAACAUGUUGAUCUGUUCCUUUGUAGAGCGUAUUAGUCAAACAGUAGAGAUUUUAAAGCACACUGUGGAUAUAGAGGAGAAAGGAGUGAAACUGAAACUAACUAUAGUGGACACACCAGGCUUUGGCGAUGCUGUCAAUAAUAACGAAUGGUAAGUGGAUUGUGAGUGCACUAUUACAGUGCGUGUCUUGGAUCAUGUCAUUGUAAACCGGUUAUUCAUUACUUUUCCUUUGACAACAGUUGGAAGGCCAUCACAGACUACAUAGACCAGCAAUUCGAGCAAUAUUUUCGGGAUGAGAGUGGACUGAAUCGGAAAAACAUUCAAGAUAACAGAGUUCAUUGCUGUUUGUACUUCAUCUCACCCUUUGGACAUGGGUAAGAGCUACGAUAAUGGUGCAAAAACUGCUGUACAAGGUGUGCUGUGUUUCACUUUCCUUUCUGCUUUGUCAGACUAUUCGUUCUAGUGCCAUUUUAUGUGUGUGUAACAAAGAUCAUCUGACGUGGAACUGUCAUGUUUUUGAUAUCUUUUGAUUUUCCUUUGUUUAUGUCGUAUUGUAUUUAAAUGAUUAUAUUCCUCUUUUCCUAUUGCCACUUCCCUUUAUUGAUAAUUAUAAUCUUUUCUGACUUGGGCUGGAUGUCAAUGUCAGGGUGCCUCUAGUUUUGUGUGUGAAUGUUUGCAAACUUUAUACAAGUGUUCUGUAAACCUUCCAUCACUUCCUACAAAACAUGAUUACAAUUUACUUGAUUGCACUACCUCCCUCUUUUCUAGGUUGCCCAUUAAUUCAGUACUGAUCUGGUUUAUCUGAUUAUUCACUAGUGAUCUCCCUCCUGUACUAGUUUGUUUCUUGAAGAAACUAUUCCCUUGAAGGUGCCAUGUCUAUUUUAGAAAUUGUAUUCUCUUUAUUAAUGGACAUUUCUUCUAGGAUUCCAUGCGUGGAUGUGCAAAAUGUAAUUUGUUGAGUUGUGCGAUAGUAUACGUACUGUGUCUGCCUUGUUUGUGAGUUCUAUAUACAUUUAUAUAAAAUGUCUGUCAGUUGACGAGUUCAGUGACAGUGUAUUUAAUGUGUUAGUUAUUGAUUUUUUUGCAAUAUAUGCACACUGUCAGUUUACAGGUGAAUUCUACCCUUAAUUAGUUCUGUUUUUAUAGUUUAUGUAAGGAGCUUUAUUUAAUCAUCGCUACAUAGAAGUCUAGCUUGAAAAGGAGACUUAUGUUCUUCAAGUUCAACCUAUAAAACACCACUUUUUGUUCUGUUGAAAAAAGCCAAAAAAGCCAAGGGCAAUAAUGUCACCAAAAUGAAAACAUAAUUCAGUAUUGACUCCAUAAUGUCAAUCAUAUUUCUCCUUGGAUCGACAGCAUGUUCACAUGCAUGCUAUUAUUAUUAUUUAUAAAGUGGCAACAAAUUCUGUAGCGCUGUACAAUAGGUGGACUAACAGACAAGUAUUUUCAACAUAAUACAAGAAAAUGUUGAGAUAGGCGCUCACUAUCACUAAAUAUAGCAGCAAUUCACCAACAAAGGGUUCCCUCACCCUUGUGACAUAUAAAGCAGAAUGAAAGGGGCGGGGCCUGACUCCCAAGUUGGCCGGACGUGUCUGCUAACAGCUCCUGCUACACAGAGCUUCUUGUAUCUUUCUAAGCAACUGAAACUUACCUGACAGAUGACCAAACAUACAGAAGACAACUCGGGUAGAAGAGUGACCUGUCCUGAGCCUCAGAAGCACUGAACUAGAGAGCAAUCUCACCGUCCGGACUCAAACAGCCUGCUGGUUUGUCAACGGGGAGAGGUGGCCGAUCUCCCAGCUGCAGCCACACGGCUUAAAUCAGUUUCUGCAGCUCUGUAACCGCCCGGACCGGUGGGGGAUAUCCCGGCGUCCGCUGGGGUGAAUACCUCUCUGCAGUAGCAAACGCCUGCUAUCUGUGGAUCUUACUGCCACGUGGCUCAUCCCAUAUGGCCGACAUACUGGACCACUUUAUGAGUCAAGCAAGCCUGAAGGGCCAGAGUUGGAGGGAGAGCUUUGAGACCAAAUUCGAGACACUAUAUAAGGAGUUUUGGCAAAGAAUAGACAGCCGAAAGUGCACUUCCACCUCGCCCGUCAUAUCAGUGCUUCCUGCAACCACUCGGACUCACUACACUUCAUCUGGGCUGGGGGCACACGUGGAAAUAAGUCCACACUUCGGUCCGAGCGCCCAAAGAGUUCUCUGCAUAGGAAAAACUAAACAGGCAUGCGAUCCCUCCAAGAGGAGAAAAAAGACCCCUGGACACCAGGCACCAGCUCCCCAAGCGGUCUGGGCUAGAAGUGGAGAGCGAGACCAGAGUGAGACUAUUCCUGUCGCCUGCUCCACGGGCCAAUAUACACCAAAAUCAUCUGCUGCCAUUCAAGUUGAUAUGGACAUCAUAUGUAAAGAAACAGAAAGAUUUCCAAUGGUAUGGUAUGUAUAUGGAAAUAGCUAUAUAAAAAUUAUAUUAUCCUACUUACGCAACUUAGAGCAAGGACCUGUUCUAGUAUGAAGAACUUUAGGUGGUGCAAUCUUCACCUGAGGAUAUAUACAGGAACCGGAUAAGCAGCAGGAGCUGGGUAAAGGUAAGUACUCCACAGAAUUGAUAAAUUAAAAAGUACUUUAUUUAAGUAUUAAAAUGCUGAACAUACAGCACACUAUAAGAAUAAAAUAAAUGAAUAAAACAAGUCAAUAAAUUGAGUAAAUCCUCACUUGAUGCGUUUCUCCGAAGCUUUUUCAAAAGUUGAUGUAAUUCAAUGGAAAGACGGCUAUUUAAAUGUUCCUGGGUUGUCAUUAGCUGGUGCCGCUGUUUGCGCAGCUGUUUCCAGCAUUUGCAACAGGACGAGUUGGACGCAGAGGAACAGAGGUUCCUGAGGGGCCUGCUCCAAAGAGCUUACAUUCUAGAAGAAGUGGAGUAAAGUAACACAAGACAUAAGGGUACGAUGUACAUUCAAAUAACAUAUGUAGAAUAUGCCCAACUGGGCAUGUCAGAAAAUGACAAUGUCCCUCUAAUGAAAAAAUAACAAAUAGUUUUUUGAAAAAUAUAUAUAUAUUUUUUAAAUAAAUUAAGACUAAAUAACAAACAGUUACAAUUUAGCUGCAACACAAAUGGGAAGUGAGGAGCAAUUGAACGCAGACAACUAAGGUAUAAACAAUUGACCCUUAAAGAGGUUCUCUGCACAGGAAAAGUGCUUACUACAUGGAAUGGUAACUAAAAAUGGCAUUAAAUCAUUUCACAGGAGGAGAAAUUCACUUGAGCCCACUAUGGGUUACCCCUUGGGCUACAAAGAGCUACAAAGUGUCUCUUAUAAUAGUCUAGUAUAAAUUGUGCCCUAAUUAUUGAGACAGCUCUUCAAGUGAUAUAUAAGUGGAAAUAAUACAGAAUAACAUAUAUAUAUAUAUAUAUAUAUAUUUAUAUAUAUAUAUAUAUAUACGCACAGACCUGUUUAAGCUACCUCAAUGAUGUCUUCUGAUGUACUCCGAACAUCUGAGAGAAAAGGAGCAAAAAGACCCAUAAAUAAGUAAGUCCCUACCAGAUUAUAUAUGCAGGGAAUUUAAUGGUCAGUCCUAAAAAAUAUAUCUCUCUCGACUACCACCCCUGACAGCCCUAAAACCAAAGUGCUGAAAUCAUAAGUGAAAAAAUGUGAAGUAACAAAAAUGCCCAACGUGCGUUUCGGCACUAUAACUGCACCUUUGUCCAGGGCUAUGAAAAGAGUAACUACUCAGGAGUGUUUAUAUAUAGGGUCAGCCCAACCCAAAUGUAAUUGUUUCACCAAUCACUGUGGUUAUUUUAAAGUGUGGGGGUAAGGGUGGUAGAAGCUCCACUCUCAAACAAGACAGAGGGAAACGGAAGUUAACCCUUUCAGUUUUAAAAAAACUAAUGUAUUUUCAAAGGAUUGUCAAUCCUACUUGACUUAUAGUAUAUACAAAAAAAGUUAAGAACCAUAUUGAAGUAUAUGUAUACAGGUGUACAGCUACCACAAAUAACUUAUAGUAUAUACUAUACUAGCAAUUUAUGGGUAUAAGCAUAAACCAUUCAAUUAUAUUAAGUGGCUACUCGGGUUCAAAAACUAUAUGUGAAUAGUCCUAAAUAUCAAUAAAGAAACAAGACAGUCAAUUUGUUGUAAAGAUGCCGUUAUCCUAUUGAAAUUAGCCUGUUUUUUAAAUUAAGCAUUUUUUGUAAAACCCGUAUAAAUUAAUUUUUCCAAAUUGAUCUCAAAAGAUGUCAUAUUAUGGGCAGUAUUUCUUGAGUGCUUUCUAACUUGAGUGUUUGAAAAUAGGCCAACAUUAUUAGUUAUUAGAAGAUAUAGACAAGCAGCUAUUCUAGCUGGUGCUGUAUUAAUGUCAAAUCUUAAGUGUUGUUGAGUUCUGUAUCUCACUCGUCUUUUGCCGGUUCGUUAUUGAGGCUUAUAGUGCUCCCUCUCGUAUACUGAUUGUAUAGUGUGUUAUAUGGUUAUGGCUCUCAUAUGUCAGUUUAUUAAUACGUUCUUUGCUUAUAUCUCUCCAGUGUCAUUUUGUUGUUGCGUACUCUACUCUUGUUUCAUUUUGUUAAUGCAUUUGCUUAAUAGUCUGUCUCAAAUGUUGUUCAGGGUAGACUGACAGCAUCCUAGACAAAAUGUGGACACUGACCCCUUUGAGUCGUAGAUUGAGAAUAUUUUUGGAGGAGAUGAAAAAGGUGCAUCCACACCGUUGUCCUCCUUUGGGCAAUAUAUAAUGAAUUUACUACUCAUCAAAUUAAGAAACGAGAGAUUUAUUCCACAACUGCAAAAUUUUCACCCAACAGGGUCUUUGUCAAGUUGAAGAGUCAAUAUCAAACAUACCAUUUAAAUACAUGUUUAAUUACAUAUACUUAGUAUAACUACAUGGAUUAACUUACAGUGGUAGAGUCAUUCUAAGAUAAAACAAAAAUAGAAAGAUUAACCCUUUGUGCAUCAAAGUAAAGACACCAGAAUUGUAAACAAUGAUACAAUCAGAAAAAGAAUAGUAAUAAACAUAUAUUCAUUCUCCUCUUAAUAACAUCCAUGGUAUUCAUUCCAAAUGACUACAGUUAUAGUUCCCUAUAAAAAUUAAUAUGGUUUAUUACAAUAAGAACAUAAUGGUUUAAUCCAUGCAUGCAUGACUGUGCCCAAUUUGUGUAUAGCACAGAUAUAAAUUAUAAAACAGGGGACCUUCAAAGCAGAGACAAAAUCACUCUAAAAAAAAGAGAAGAAAAAAAGAGAAGUAAAAAAGAACAUAUUAGAACCGAAAUGCAAUAAGUUACAAAUUUGGAAAUCUAUGUUUGACCCUUUGGGUUUCAUGCAAUGUAGAGUAUAUAUUGAAACUGCUUAAGGUUUUUUGAGAAGUUUCUGUCGAUUGAUUCCUCUUGUUUGAAAUGGCAAAUCAUUAAAUGAAUUGAUUCUGUCCCCCUCCCCCUCAGUUGAGCCAUCGAAUGGUUGCUUUCAGCCAUGUGUGCUGGCAGUUUUUAGUAUGAAUGUCAGAGCAAUGUUUGGACAGGCGAUCCUAAUCCUGUCGAUGGUUUCAGCAACAUAGACAAUGCCACAAGGGCACUUGAUGAAGUAUAUAACAAAUGUUGAUUUACAAGUGACAUACUGCUUAAUCCAAAAUUGCUUUCCUCUACGUGGGUGUGAAAUGUUUGGCCCUUAAACACUGAACUGCAUGAGCUAUAGUAUAAACAGGGAAAAUUUUCAAACUUGUGGUUUUCCCAAAAACUUUUGUAUAAGCUAAGUGGGUAUUUUAUACUCUGCUCGGAUUAGAUUUUCACAAAUAGCCAUCAUUGGUGGCUUUUAAAAUUCGUAAACUUCUGGGUGUGCUGACUGUAAGAUAUGCUAGUGUUCUCUUUGGAAUGUGUGCCCUAUUGACUGACCAGUUGAACAUGCCACCUACACCUUAUGGAUUGAGCAAAACCAUUUUUCUGCUCUGCACCAGUGAGUACAUUUCCUAUAAUUUUAUACCUUUUAACCUAUAAAGUGAGCACAAUAUUUUAAUGUUGUUUUAUUCAGAUACCACCAUGGUGUGGAUUUCAACUACAAUUAUCCAAGAGUGGGGAUCAUUCCACUCCAUGCUAAUUACAAGGAGCCAUCAGAAGGCUCCAGAUAUUGUGAGUGUGUACUCUGUUUCUUUUAUAUACCGCUGGAUAACCCCCACCCCCACCCAGUGAACCAAGGUGCUAACUACAUAUGGAUAGGCUGGCAUUGUGCCGCCCAGCUGUACUAAAUUUGAGCUAAUUAUCAGCUCCGUACACUGUAAGUGCAUUUGAUUUCGUUUUCUUCAAUCAAUAGGUUACAUACUACAUUACACUAUACUCUUUGUUCUCUCUUCUCUGCAUAUUGAGCUAUAUUGGAGGAUUUUUUCAAGAGGCUAUUUCCCUCUUUGUGCAUACAAAUACACAUUCACACCUACAAAUGUCGUAGGUAGUCGUGAAAAAAACAUUAUUAGUGGGAGGGAGAGCAUAAUCUUCAUUUUCAGCUGUAGCUCUCACUGGUCAGUAAGUCUGGAUGCUGUCCUGCCCACUUGGUGCUUCUCCUCAACACAUUUAGAUACAGUGUCCCACUUCUCCUUGCAUUUGCUGCAAAUUGAAGUGCUGUGAGGUGCCCUCAAAUGCACAGGUAAGUGUAUUUGAGAUAGUCCACCUGCUGGUUUCGGGGAAUUACUUGUCUUGUGUCCCCCUUGGAUCCGCUGAUGGUUACAGCCAGCAAAUACAUCAUUGUACAUGCCUAUAGCCAAAGCCCAUAAUUAAAAACUAGCCUUUUGGCAGCCAGGUCCCUCUGUUUUUUAUUAGUGACUAAGCAGCAAUAGCUGCUUUUUAAUUACAGUGAGCAGUCAUUGGCUGCUCAAUGUUUAGUAGGCAAACCCCCACCAAACAGCGGGGCUGAGGGGAGCAUAAGGAAGGUAUUAUUCCUCUGUUACACUACAUGGUCGUCAUACUCACCAUCAUAUACAUUUUUGUUAAUUUUAAAUAAUAACUAACAGCAUUAAACUCAGACAAAGUCAUCAGAAAAAAAGUUAAUAAUUAUCAACAGCUAAAGGUCGAUAGAAUUAAAAUGUGUGGGGUGCCAAUUAGGGAAGUAUUCAGCAUAAUAGCAAGAAAUGAGGCAUGAAAUUUGUUUAUUUAUUUACUUAAAUACAUCUUUUUAAUGUUGUAGUUUUCAAUCCCCUAUCUAACUGGGUAAUAGUUAUUCCAUCUACAGGUUUCUGCAGGAAAGUGGUUGCCACCAUUUAUUUUAGGCAAGGAUCAAAAUUAUGUAGAUGAAAUUAGUCUGGUGACCCAUUCCAUAAUCUUAUUAUAACAAGUUCCAAAAUACAAUAAAAAAAACACUUUCGGUACACCAUUUUCAUUGUAAACUGGUAUCGAUUUGUAGGAAAAGCAAUGAGGCUACAAUAAACACUUUAUAAAUAUGAUGUACUCGUUACAGCCAGGUGUUAAAGAAUCAUCACUAUUAAAGAAUUACUGUGACAGGAUAUGCAUACUGAGUAAUGCUUCCACAUGACGAAUGUAAGCUCCCUGCCGUUCAGAUGAAUGGAUAGCUGCUCGGUGCCAAUUUCAGGCUGGUUCAUUACACCUUUGUAGCUUGAAAGUGAGAGUCAAGAGGUGGAUUUGUGGCACAGAUGUUAUCUCUCACUCUCAAAUCCCAUGUACUGGCAUCAUGCAAAAAUAUUUGGAUGGCCAUUUGCAUGAUAACCCUGAAGAUGAAUGUUUGCAGAGAGGCUGGAGAGUCGCUUUAAAGGAGUCAUUGUUUCUUUGUGUUUAUAGUGAUCAGGCAAGGUAUGUGUAUUGUUCACUUUAUCUGACAGUCAAGUGCUAAUUAAACAACUGCUUGAUUGCCAUUUUAUUAAAAUAGCAGUGCUUGUGCUUAAUCAUUGGAUUACUUAGACUUAGAGUGUGUACACAGUUUAUGCUUUUUUACACUUGAAGGAUUAAUUACUCUUCUUGCCAAAGGGGAUGUUGGUAAUUCCUUUUUCACUGAAAACAUUAUAGCUCACAAUAUGUUUAAAUAAUUGUUGCGAUUUGUCUUUCUUUUUUUUUUUUUAAAUGCAGUCUCUCCCACUCAGUAGAAAAUUUGUUUCCAUACUUACCAUGAUUUUACCAUGGUAGCUCCUCCCCUAAUGUGUUAAGGCUACUACGGCUUCAAGAAAAUAGAAAAAUGUUUGAAAAAAAUACCAUAAUUUUCUUUUCUUUAUUACAAACAAUGACAGCAUUAACUUAUGAAAAGAGCAGCUACCCAUAAGUCACUGCUUCAUGAAUCCUUUCUUACCUCGUCUAUAGUUUUAUCUGUUUUACUCUCCUUUCCCUACUUUCCUUCAUUGUUGAAUAGAAGUUGUUUGAAAAUAAUUGCAUUUACUGUGAUAUCUAGUAAAUUCUGGAAGGUAUAGUUUUCCUUUGGGUGUAUUUUAGGUGGUAGCAGUUGAGGAGUGUUACUCUCAGGGUUAUUUACCAAAGUGUGAAAGUUGGAAUUCUAAUUGAAUUACACAUUUUCGUGCCAUUAUCCUUUCCUCACCCUCCCUCAUCAUUCUUCUGUCCUUCUGUCUCUUCCUAACAUAUUAAUCUCUACUACACAUAGCUAUCUCUGUACCUCCUCCAUGUGUAUUCUGGGGGUGUAUACACAUCCAACAAUAUAAAAGAACUGCAAUAUUCAUAAUAUUAUUUUUCCUUCUCUCUCCUCCAUCUCUGUACUCUUCUUUUUUGACAUAUUAGCACUGUCUAUACAUGGUUGUCUGGCUGACCAGAUAUACAUUUGUACUACUGUACUCUAUGAAAGCACUGCAGCGGCAUGUAGUUAGAUUUUUCCUGUGCAGCUCGUAUUUAGAGUUUUCAUUGUAAAAUGUGUUAUCUUUCUGUGUAGAAAUAAGAACUGAGUAACAAAAACAGUCACAAUUUCACAUAACUUCUGGUAAUUAAACCACUUUGUAGCCAUACUUAUACAUUAUUCUGUUGUACACUAAGCCUUUUACAAUUCUUGUCUGUCCUAGUCUUCGGCCUGUGGAUGUGGCAUUUAUGAAAUCUCUGCACGAGAAGGUGAACAUUGUUCCUCUGAUUGCCAAGGCUGACUGUCUGAUUCCGGGCGAAAUACGCAAACUAAAGGAACGGGUGAGGCUGCAGGGCUUUUACCUGGAAUAGAACCACAAAUAAUCUUUGACAAUUAAUGGAUGUUGCAUAACUUCAUUAGCUCCUUUGACUUCCAAUAUCAUUUCUAUGCAGAUUACACGCAAAUCUACCUGUCCUCUCCUGAUCUCUCCCCGUCCCUCUUGACUGUCUCUGACUGCCUCUCUGCUGUUUCUAACUGGAUGUUUGCCACUUCCUUAAACUAAACUUGACCAAAACUGAAAUUCUGGUCUUUCCUCCCUCAAGUGUUGUUACUCCUGUGUCUGUCUACCUACAAGUCAACGGUGCUACUAGCAGCUCCACCACACAGGCUCGCUGCCUAGGUGUUCUCUUUGACUCUGACCUCUCCUUUAAGCCUCAUGUUCAAUUUAUCGCCAAAUCCUGUCAUUUCCAUCUCAAAAACAUUGCGUGCAUCCGGCCCUACUUAACGCCAGAUGCGACUAAGGUGUUGGUCCAUUCCACUGUCCUUUCUCGCCUUGACUACUGUAAUCCGCUUCUCAGUGGUCUUACGUGCUCCCAACUAGUGCCAUUACAGUCCAUAAUGAAUGCGGCACCGAGGCUCAUCUUCCUGUCCGCCCGCACCUCCCAUGCCUCACCCUUCUGUCAGUCCCUACAUUGGCUUCCUAUAAAAUAUAGAGCUCAAUUUAAAAUUCUGGUUCUUGCUUUCAAAUCUCUACAUAAUGUGGCUCCCACCUAUCUAUCCUCCCUUAUACAGAAGUAGGCCCUUACGAUCUGCUGAAGACUUACGUCUAUCUUCUGUCCGUACUCCCACCUCUGAUCGUUCCUGUGGAACUUGCUUCCCUCCUCAGUUAGAUGCUCACCCAGUCUCCACUCCUUUAAAAAAUCGUUAAAAACCCACUUCAUAAAAGCGUAUCAAUUAAACUGUUAAUAGCUCCUGACCGAUUCCUCUUCUGCAACUGUCACUAGUCUAAUACUAUCCUUACCUUUUUGUGUCAUUUUACCCCACUCCCUCUAGCAUGUAAGCUCAUUGAGCAGGGCCCACAACCCCUUUGUUCCUGUGUGUCCAACUUGUCUGGUUACAACUACAUGUCUGUUCGUCCACCCAUUGUAAAGCUCUGCGGAAUUUGACGGCGCUCUAUAAAUAUCAUAAUAAUAAUAAUAAUAAUAAUAACUUUCCACUCUCUAAACAUCAUUCAUUUUCUAGGAUUUAUUAUAAAGCAAUCCACAGGUUCAACAGGUAGGAUGCGAAGUAGGACGUUUAAUCAUGUAGAAGGCCAUUGGGCAGAAACUUUGUGUUUUGUUGUGUUCUCUGCCUAAAUAAAUUGCACUUUGCAUCCUACCUGUUGACCCAUGGAUUUUGCUUUAUAUUAUACCUAUUGAGAGGUUGUGGGCCUCUACUACAGAGUACAGGGAGGUGCAUUGGUUCGUAUACGUUUUUCCCAAGAGUGACUCAUCUUUCUAAACUUCUGGAUUUUCUAGUAUUUAGGUUACCACUCACAUCUUCACCAAGCUUCCUUCCUGCUUCUUCUCCUUGACUCCCCUCAUGUAUAUCUAUGUGUACUUGUUAUUGUUGGGGUUAUCAAUUGCACAUUUCAAUUAUUAUUGGACCAAAAUACCAACAAGCCAGAUUAAUACUAUUUUUUUGUCUAUAAGAGAUCUUACGGGGUUGUAGUGUAUAAAACGGAAAUUGAAUGUUUAUACAAUGUUGUUAUUAUUAUUAUGAUAUUUAUAUAGCGCCAUCAAAUUCUGCAGCGCUUUACAGUGGGUGGACGAACAGACAUGUAGUUGUAACCAGACAAGUUGGACACACAGGAACAGAGGGGUUGAGGGCCCAAUGAGCUUACAUGCUAGAGGGAGUGGGGUAAAAUGACACAAAAAGGUAAGGAUAGUAUUACACUAGUUGACAGUUGCAAGAGAGGAAUCAGUCAAGAGCUAUUAAGUUUAAUUGAUACGCUUAUUAUUAUUAUAACGCUUAUUAUUUAGCGUUCCUCCACUCUACUUAUGUAUCUGUUUUACAUUCCUAUGAAUAGUUUUUCAAAUAUUUUUGUUAUCCUCCCCGCACACAGUGCUCUAAUUGUAUUUGCUCUGUUGCAUUUUUCAAAUCAAAUCUUCAGAUCAGGGAGGAGAUUGAGAAAUUUGGCAUCAAGGUCUAUCAGUUCCCCGAGUGUGACUCAGAUGAGGACGAUGAUUUCAAACAACAGGACAGAGAGCUAAAGGUAAACAAAGCACAUGAAUAUGCAUAUAAUCUCUCUGCUCAGUCUUCUUAUUCCCUGUCUCUGCUCAGCCUCAGUUUCAUUCACCCUUACCGCAUCUCAUACCAGCACAUAUAGAAUCAGUGCCUGCAGAAUUCUGUGCUUCACCUUAAGCACUGUAAAGAUGUAGGGGAAAUGAGAGUAUUGAGCUACUGACAUACUCGUUUGGACAUUGUUCAAUAUACUCUGUGAUUUACAUUUCUACACUUCCAGGUUGUAAUAAUUGUUCCCAUAUGGUCUAGUUCAGGGGUAGGCAACCUUCGGCACUCCAGUUGUUGUGGACUACACCCCCCAUAAUGCUCUUCCACCCAUAAUGCUGGCAAAGUAUCAUGGGAGGUUUAGUCCAAAACAUCUGGAGUGCCGAACGUUGCCUACGCCUGGUCUAGUUGACAGUGCAUGAAUCUAACAAAUAAUACACAGCUGUGUCACAAUAAAAGUAUGACAGCAUGUUAUCCACGUGUAAAAACACCAGCAUCUUACACAUUCUAGCACUGUAUGGAUCUUUUUUAUUCAGUUUUAUCUUUUCUGCAGGAAAGUGCUCCUUUCGCAGUGAUUGGCAGUAAUACUGUAGUAGAAGCCAAAGGUCAGAGAGUACGAGGUCGUUUGUACCCAUGGGGCAUUGUGGAAGGUGAGCUUUGUGUAAUAUAGAGUGUUUCCAUAUGCUGGGAACUUUCCAUAUUAUUACAAUAUGUAAGGAAUUAGGUGCAGUAAUUGUGUUUAUUAUCUAUACAUUAUUAAUAAUAUUUCACUUCUAUCUGUAUCUGAUGUCCAGCAGAGACUCUUCCAUGCUGUACUGUUAAAUAAAUAUUUUGCUUAUGCCUGUGCGGUCACACUGUGAUCAUAUAAAUAAAUCAUUAAUGUCUGUCUCCUGUCUUCAUGCAGUGGAGAAUCAGUCACACUGUGACUUUGUGAAACUGAGGAACAUGCUGAUUCGCACACACAUGCACGACUUGAAGGAUGUUACAUGUGACGUGCACUAUGAAAACUACCGAGCUCAGUGCAUCCAUCAGAUGACCAGGUAAAUGAUCAAGUUAUUGUAUUUCUGAUUUUCAGAAGCGUGCAUACUGCAUUUUGUUUCACACAUUCAGCUCAACAGUUACCAAAUCACCACAUCCAUCAAUAAUCAAAUCAUGAUAACCAGCUUCAGCUAAUCUAUUGGGAUUCAAUCUAAAGUUAUGGAAGAUCAAACCUUGACACCAAACAAGGGAAAUCACUCUCAGCACUGUUUCCUGGACUAAGAUUACAGAUUCCAAAAUAAGAACAUCUCUACCUUGAUAAAGACCAUUGCAGCGGUCGAAACGUUGCUGUUGUGUACUUUGGGCACCUGAAUGAAAAGACACUACUUCCAAAAUGAAGAGCUGGAAUUUAUUUUUAUACUUUCCUAAAGUUACAGACUGUCUAAAACAUUAUAACCUGCCUCAGACUACCAACCAUUUAUCGUUCUUUUUUUAAGCCAAGAGGCCUGUGGCAGGAUACUGAGUUAACCUUACUUUUGAUUGGCUUGUGCAAUUAUUUUAUUAAUUUUACCUAGACUAUGUUUCCUGCUCAUUUAGCAGGACUGGUACAAAUGUGCUAGGAGGACCUGCUAGCCAAGUGUGCCUGCUAGCCAAGCACACCUGCUGCCUAUUCUUAAUUAAUAUAUUCGGUGUCUUUCUGGAGUGUUCAGCCAUGUAAUAAUAAAAGUAGAGACAUUUGUUGAAGAAGAUACACAAAACAUUGUACAUGGGACAAUGACAUCUCAGUCUUCUUCAAAGUUGGCCCCUUGGGAUCUCACACCGUUCUGCCAGCAUCUCUUCCACUGUUCAAAACACUCUGCAAAAUUCUUUGUUGGAAUCACCAUCAACUACUUUGUCAUAUUUACCUGAAUCUCAUCAAUGGUCUGAAAUCUCUUCCCUUUCAAAUGUGAUUUUAGUUUGGGGAAAAGCCCGAAGUCACAGGAUACCAAACUUGGGCUGUAGGGGGGCUGAGUCAACUAAGUGAUUUUAUUUGCGCUGCUCUCAUUGCAUCGUCCCCAAAAGCCAUCUGAAUCAUCCAUAUAGUUUCCGCAGAGGAAUGUUUAAACUUAAUGCAAAUUUUGAAGCAGAUUCGUUGUUCUACAUCCUCACUUAACAACAUCUAGCACCCCCACUGACUAGUACAAUGAAAUCGUCAUUGUUCAUGCAUGCGCAUUCCAUUCUGCUCUCUUUGGCUGCCAGGUUACAUCGAUGUCGCACAAACCAUUCUUAUUAUAUUAACAAUGGCUGGAUACUUUCCGCACAGAACCUGAGUAUGUAUGUAUGUAUAUAUAUAUAUACAUGUAAGGCCUUGGCCUGUAGUUGUGGGAGGGGCUUGAAUUGCCUUUAAAAGGGCUUCCAAUCCUCUCCCACCUUACCGUGGACAGUCUGGCGAAUCACUUCCAGUCGGACCGCCAUCUUGGUUUCUUACCUGCCUUCCAUGGUGUUCCUGAACAGCGUUUGCCAGCUCUAAUCGUGAGUCUGCAGACUGGUACAUUUGUACACCGUCUGUAUCAUACCGGGGGGGGGGGGUCAGCAAACCUCCAGGGUGCCUGGCACCAUUAUAUAUGCUUUCUGGAUAUACUACAGACCUCCCACAGCCUCACUUUUCAUGGGGGUCUGCGGUAUUCUUUGUAAAAAUGGGUUGCUUCGGCUCCCACGCUAAGCAGUGAUUACACUGGUACACCGUCUGUAUCACAUAAGGGGGAUCACACAACCACUGGGGUCUCCAGCGUGGCUCGGUGCCCUCCCCCCCCCAUUGUGUCACCAGGGCACGGAGUGUACCCACAUGCCAGCUCCCCCCCCCCAUCAAAAAGGGGCAUGGAGGAGUGUCACAUAUCGGCUUUUGCCGGCUACCCACCCAUCAACAGGGGUGCGGAGGGGAUUCUCUUACCGGCUUUGCCGGCUGCCGCCCAUCCCCCUGUAACUGGGGCACUAAGGGGAGUCACGUACCGGCUUCCCCGGGUCUUCUCCUCCUCCUUCCAUGAAGAAGGUCACGGGUAGUCACUGACGGGGUCGUUGCAAGGUGUGCUCCUUCCAAGACUGGCGUCGGACUAUUUCCGGCUGUAAAGUGAGAUCUCACCACGGCUCUGCAAUAGCAGUAUAGGCGGGAAAGCACUAAGGCAGCUCAAAUCCCAUCACGCUCAGCCACACAAGUGAGUAAUAACGACACUGUCAGGGAAACUACGUUCCCACACAAUUUUCUGUUUGUUUGUAUACAUGAGGGGUAAUAUUGGGCAUUUCUGAUUAUGUAAUUUGAUGUGAUUGUGUGAACUGGUAUUGCUGUCUGAAGUUAGGUUCGGCUACAUACCAGCCAUUCGUUUACACGAUUUCAAGUUGUUUCAGUCUUGUCGCCACCUGGUGGCCUGAUUAUGUAAUGUCAUGUCCCUGGUUUUAAGUCAUAUACCCCUGUUGGUUUGAAGGUUUUACAGAUUCCAAGUAAAUGUAUUUAUGUGUGGCUAUUCUAAAUAUACAGUAUUCAGCUGGUUAAUUAAUUUAUCUGUUAGCUGACAAUUGUUAUGUUGUUCCUACAAGUUCAUUGCAGGAUAUUAAGCUUAUGUUUUGUGACAUCAUCGCUCCAAUACUUGUCCUUAUUAGGUUGACAAUAUGGUUGUAGGUUGUACUCAUUGCAAGUUAUUUUAUUGGGCAUUAACAUCUCGCUUUCUUUAGGUACCUCGGUCAUGCUGCAGGGUUGCUUUACAAGCACUGCAAUUCUGUCACCUACCUCUGUCUUAUGUUCAUUGCUCAUUUUUAGGUUCUGGUAGGUUUUCCGUUUAUGGUUCGGGUCCACAAUCUGGUACUCACAUAACUGGUACACACAGAUACUCCCCUUAUCAUUUUUUACUGGGUUGCAGCACGUAUCUACUGCCACCCUCUCGCUCCUAUUUUUCUGCAUGUGAUCUUGUCCUGACUCAAACUUUAUCAGGCACGUUUUCACAACCCCGUACUUUCUAUUUAGAGUGGUACUGGCUUUUGAGAUUUAGUUUACCCAACUAGGUUUCUGUUUUCCGAUCUUAAUCCAUACGUUAGUGGUCCCGUGAGGCCAACACCCAUCUUCUCUGAGUUUUACGUCCCUCGGCCCAAAUCAUAGGUAGCCGCCUCGCAUUGUUGCAUAGGGAGGGCCUCCCAUGUCACUCCCAUUCUAUCUUAUGCUUUAGUUGCCAUUAAGAGGCGAGCACCCCGCCACAACGUUUCGGUGGCCUCAAAAAUCCCCUCUGGCCAACUCAUAAUUAGCGCCUCUCACGCCACUUGGCAAUUAGUAGGGACUCAUCUGUCACGUUAAGUUAGCUUAAUUCUUCGCCGCUUGGCUUCUAGCUAGCCUGCCAGUACCCGGUCCCUUCGUCUCACUUAUGAUAAUUAAGUUAGAUAUAUAUUCUGUUUUGUAUCAUGUUCCGGAAGGACUGGUGGUUCUAGUUCAGGUAGGUUGUUACACAUGUUGUUCUCUUUAUUCCCGGGCUCAUGCUAAUUCCAUGUGUCCGUAUAAAGUUUUCCUAAAUCCUCACUACACUGGCAUCAACGUCACGUUAUUGGUUACGCUUUAACAAUAUCGUCCCUCGCAGCAUUUGGUUACAUUUAUCAGCAAAAGGCUGACUCAAGGGUUCCACAUGGGUUCGUACAUUUUGAUAACUGGGACACUAGAAUGCAAUAAUUUGCAACCGCUUUCACAGACCAAGAGUAAGUGUGUGCGGUUAUAAGGACGGAACUAGAUCAUGGGUUUGUGGGGUGUUUUGGUUCCCCUCCUUUUCACAUUGGGGAGAACCAACCCCAUAGGAGAGUCACAGGGAACACUUCACUUGAACCCAGACAAUCAUAGACUUGUCCACCUUUCCUAGCCUUCAUUCCCUCAUACCCUCCGAUGAACUUUCUUUACUAUAUGCCACUAUCACCUAUGCCAUUUGGGCCACCCUGGUGACUAGUACCGGCGCUUGGCUCUAAUAAAACUGAUAUUGUCAAUGUUUUUAAAUUACUUCCCAUUCACCCUUCACUAUGACAUCUGCACUGCAUUUAAGUGACAUGGACUUUAUUAUUUCUCACGACUCACCUUUAGCUUCAAGUGCAGCCCCAGAAUCUGUGCUACUUGGCUGAUACUUUGUGUUGGUUAUGGCUUAAUAUGUACAGAUGUCCGUCCGUUAUUUCUUCCUGGAAAAUAUCCCCAUGAUUGAGACCAAGGCACCCCCCUAGCAGACUUACACGCAUAUUGGCUUUUGAGCCCCUGGCUACUCCAGUCACCCCUCACAAGACCCUAGGUCCUGAUAACACCGCACAAUUUUGGGCAUCCUACUAGACUCGAUCCACAUGCAAGCUAGCCUUCACCAGGACAUAGAUUGAGCACACCCUAUCAGGCAUUUGAACUCUACUUGCAACUAGGUCUUGCAACUGCGAGGUACUUCAAUCACUGCUGGGGUUGCUCAAUUUUGCCAUGAGACUCAUCCCACAGGGUAGAUCCUUCAUUUCCCGGUUCCUUCUCUUUAUUCCCACGACUCACCACGUAUCACGUUAGACACUCAUGCAACCUCUGAUUUACUUAUGUGGCGCUUUCCUCAUAUACUGGAAAGGGCGAGCCAUGUUUAUUCCCCCUCUCUGACAGUUCACCCAUGGUUUGAACAGAUGCAGCAUCAAACUCUGGUUUUGCUGCCAUCGGAGGGGAUAAAUGGUGUUUAGGGGCAUGGCCCACAGAUGUUAAGUCCCAGCCCAGCUUCUCCUCUCCAACUUCGGCCUUGUUUGAAUGAUAUCCGAUCAUGACAGCUGCCAUUGCCUGGGGACCAAUACGGUCCGGUCACUCAGUCGGAUGUUAUUCACAUACGCCUAGCCACAUUGUGCAUAUAGGCCGAUCUUCAUCUCUGGUCAUCAGGAGACUGUUCAGGAAACUCACAUGGGUAGCCACUUGCUAAUCUUAUCACAUGUAUUCACGUGCCGGGUUUCACAAACAUCUUAGCUGGCCUCUUCCAUGGGUUGCGUUUCAGGCUUUCUGCCAGACACUACCCACCACUUCCAGGCUGGCUAACCUGCCCCGCCUUUCCUAGACAUGCUCAUGGAUUAAAUGUCUGGUUUAACCUUGCACAUCACGUUUCUAUCCUUACACUUUCAGUCAACACUAGAAAUUAUAUGAUAGGGUGUUCACAUAUUUUCUAUUGAGGAGUUUUAAGUUCUUGACAUAUUUGCUAUGAAAUCUAUUUUGGGGUUCUCUUCUUUUUUGCCACCUUAACUUAAAUUAUCAUUUAACACAAUUAAACGGUAACUUACGGAUAUCCAACACCACAUGCUUCCACGACACCCCAACAAUACAGGAUUCCUUUCAACUUAUCUGACAAAGACCUACUGAAAGGAAUUCAAAAUUCAAGAUCCACGGACCAUCUCAAAGGCUACCCAUCCACAAGGCAUAUUUCAUUCACUAUCCGACGUAGUAGAUUCAGCUCCUUUUGAGCACAUGACCCAUACCCCAAUCAAACGGCCCUACAUCUAGCAUGCUAUGGGUUCUUACGUCCCAAUGAAUUUAACACUAGGAAUAUAACUACCACUGAAUACCUGGGAACGACUGAUAUCCAGUCACAUUAGAUCAUUAGGUCCUAUCUCUGCAUCAGUCUAUAUCUAUAACUUUAGCACAUACGGUCACAAUACCCCUAUUACCUACUCUAAACAAUGGAGCCAGGUAAAGUUCUGGAUACUUAUUGCACCACUAUCCAGAUACAGCCACUCAAACCAUUAUCAGAACAUCACGGCUCCAUUCUUACAGCAUAUCAAGUCAUGCUUCAUGUUCACUUACUGUUAACUAGGCUUGGCCUAAUACAAACCUUUCCUCAGGACACUCCUUACGCAUAGGGGCAGCAUCCUCACCUUCCUCCAACCACAUUCCUGCUCAUAUCAGGGCUAUGGGACGCUGGAAAUUCUCCACCUAUACUCUUUACAUUCCGAACCCAGUUAAAGAGCUAAUAGAAGCUUUUUGUGACUUGUCCGAGUAAACGAUGGUUGUUAUAUGAUUAAUUGUGUAUGGUAUUCUUCUUUUUGCCCACUUUUAUUACAGGCCUACUGCUCUGUCGGUUCCGGCACACCACAACCGACUGGUGUCAUUUGAAUAUGUCUAUUGGUUAUAAUAUGCUAUGUUACACUAUCAUUACGGCUAGAUUGCCCCGACUACAAAUAUAUAUAUAUAUAUAUAAAUAUAUAUAUAUAUAUGUAUACACACAUACAUACAUAUACAGUUGAUGAAAUACAGAAAUGCAAACCAAACUGACACACAAGGGAGAUCAGUAGUAAAUAAACUAACAAACUUGCAUUAAUACAAAUAUUAAGAUGCCUGUAAACAUAUUCUUGUGGACACACAAUGCAGUCCAUAUAUUGGACAUUGAUUUGGAUAUUGUUAAGAAACAGCAAUGCUCUGUGAGUUCAACAUGACCCCCUAAUCUGGUGUGCUACAAAACGCCACCACCACAGUGGAUCACUGAAUAAUGUUUGCAUUGAUAGAGAAUACUGAUUUGUCUAAAGUAAAAAGGAAUAGAAAGUGACUGCAUAUCUUCUCUAGUGAUGCUCUUCGGAGCACAUGCUACCGUGUUUUUAGAUUUCUACAUUACACAAGUUGAAGGCAGUUGACAAAGGCAAUAGAUUUCCAACCAUGUGUUAAACAAGCUGACUUUUUCUAAAAUGUUACAUUACUUAUACAGUUAAUGUGGAAUGUUAUGUCAAAUAAGUGUGAAUUCUUAGACAGUUCGUGGAUUUUUAAUGUAUAUAACAUCAACUGAAUGCUUCUAGUGUGUUUUUCUACAAAUCAAAUCAACAAAACAGCAAAUUAUGUGUAAAUUCCAAAUGCUUAUUGCCUGCACUGUUCAACUAGUAAUCUGCAGAUAUUCUUGGACACCGGAAGUGAUGUCAUGUUCUGGACAGACUACCACGGCAGAAAAGAUACCAAGUCCUUGCAAUCCACCACACAAGAAAUGUUCCCAGAAUUUAACCACCAGUCUUACAUCCUCCGAACAACCUAGGCAACAGUUAGAUUUUGUAUCAGAUUGUAUAUACCGAGGGACCAGAUUAGGAAUGGAGACCACAUAAUUCAAUUUCAUUCUAUAAAUAUUUGACUUUAGUUUAUAGCCUAUAAGAGGGUGUUUAUAUAACUUAGGCCUCAAUUUAAUAACCUUUCAAUACUCUUAUAAAUAUUUUCUAAAUGAUUUAUCUCCAGAAAUUGCCGUAGACCUUAGUGGUGACCUCUGUAAAUAAAACAUUUGGAAAGCUUAUUAAAUCAAGAUCAAUCUGUUUUACAUUUUUUAUGGAAAUCCUCUCUUAACUUGCUUCAGUGAAGGCAUUAUGUACUUGCAACAGACCUUGUGGCCUGACAAUGUUACACUUAAACAUAGAAACUACUAAUAUCCUCUAAGUUAUUAACCACUCCUGCCCGGAACCAUUUUUAGGAAGUUAUAAAUAAUUGAGUUAAUAUGUAUGUCGCCUUUUGUCUUUUCAAGGUAUGAAGAAAGACAGAACACUGCACAAAGGUUAGGGUCAUCGCUAAGUCAAAAUACUAAUAGUGUGAAAAGUCAUACAUACUAAAUGGGUGAAUGAAACGUGGUUGCAGGACCACAAAUGGCCAUCAUAUGCAUAACCGAAUAUGGCCUUGAUUUAAUAUCGUUGGACAAGCUUUCCUAAUGAUCUAAUAUUUUUGGAUAAACUUUUUAAAUAAUGUAACAUUAUGAAAAUAUUUUAAUUUUGUAAUAUUUUGAUAUCUUUGAUGUAACGAUAUAUUUUUAUGUAUGCUAUAUUCUUGAUAAUUUAAUAUGUUGAAGAAAAUCAUUUUAAAAGUUUAUCCAAAGAAAUGGAAUCAUUUGGAAAGCGUAUCCAACAAUAUUAAAUGGAAGCCUAUAUGUGUUCAUGUGUUAAAUAACUUCUGGAUGAGUCUCUGCUGCAGCAUGCAUUAAUCCGCCUCUGGUGAAGGCCUGUGCUUGACUGUGAUUAACCUUCUUCUUUUUUUUUCUAUGUCUUUACCCCUGGCCCACUUGAGACCUAUUGGACCUUUAGCUACAUUGCAUUGAUACUUAGACAGAUAAAAUUAGUUGGCACAAAUAAUGUGUCCUUUUAUCCAUCCAAGUAAAAUUCUUUACUUACUUGGUCUUAAAGAUUAGGUGUUGUGGCAUUAACGAUAUAGUAAUAUGACAUGAACAGGAUGUUUGCAUUUUUUUGUUUACUGCUUGUGUGCAUUGGGCCCAAUUGAUACUCUACUGGUCCUUAAACAUGUCACCAUGUUGAUCUGCUAAGGCAAAAAUAGAUGGAUGAAAGUACGGAGUGUAAGAAGAGGAGUGCAUACUUUUCUGAGCAAUAUUCAGGGACUUUCCCUUUUUGGCCACCUUUAGUACAAAUCUUGAAAUAAAAUGGGCAUUGUACUUCGUGGAAGUGGCUUACACAAAUAUCUGGGGCUACUGUGUGUUUCACGUAGGAGAAAUAUGUUUGAAACUUUGGUUGAGGAAUUGACAUUGGGCCACUAUUAAUCCGAAUGCUUCUCAAUAAAACUUCUCUUUGGCACUUUGCCAUGGCACAUAUGGGCAGGGAAACACAUGUUGAGAACUGCACUUGAGUGGGAAUUGUCUUUUCUGACUUAAGUUUUGUUCACCCUUAUUGAAAUUUGCACCUUCCAUCAGCCUAAAAAAAUGGAAAGAGUUUAUUAAAUAUAAUUUUUGAUUAGCUUUAUAAAAUUCAUACUGCAAUAGAACUGGUUUAGCCCUAACACCAUGCAUUAGGAGUUUAAUUUAUUCAAUUACUUCCUUCUAUUAUAUAUUUAAUCACAUCAGUGCUAAACCGUUGACCAACUCAUUUUAGUAAAAGCCUUUGGCCCUAAAACUGUUAAUUUUCUCUAAACUGUGAGUUAUUCUAUUCUCUGCUUUAAUCACAAUUAUUAUAGUACUAUUUCAAUCAUAUAAAUUAUUGUCUUUGAGUUUGUGUUUAGCACCAUGGAACUGGAAGCAAUUGACAUUUAUAUAAUUCUGUCAAGUAGUUUGAAAUAAAAUUUUGAGUCUGUACCUUCAACCGUAGUUGAUUUGUUGGUUUUAUCUUUGAGUAAUUACUAAGAUGUCACUAUUAAAAUGUAUUACUCAUUACAAUCAACUACAGUAUGCUAUAAACAGAAGUGUACCAACAGCCCAGACUACCUUUAGCUGUGCAAACAAACUCUGCAUAACACAAACCUAUACUUUUUGUGACUGGCUUUCUGUCAAUGGGUGGCCACUAAUUUAUUAUAUAUGUUUCUUUUUCUUUCUUUACACUCCUCCCAAUUGGGGACAUGGGAGUAUUCAAUCAGUGGCAUGUCGCUGAUUAACCAAUUGGUGUUUGCACUGGGCUUCUCUAACCAAUGCUUGCUUGUUUUCCUAAAUUAAAUUCGUGUUGGGUUUUCAUUCAUUCCUGUAGAGUUUUGAUUGAUCCAGUUUUUUUUGAUUGACAGCAAACUGACUCAGGACAACAGGAUAGAGAGUCCAAUUCCCAUUCUACCAUUGCCAACUCCUGACGCUGAGACAGAGAAACUGAUAAAAAUGAAGGAUGAAGAGGUAAGUACUACUCUACCACAAGCUCCAGAUCUUCCUCAUCAUCUCUAACUUUCCUUUCCUUCUGUCUUCCUAAUAGUCAGCUCCUUGCCAUUUUUUAAAUUAACCAAUACCAGACAUACCACUAGCAUUGGUGGAGUCUCUAUCAUUCUAACAAGUAAAUGUUAUGCUAUUUAAAAGGGCAAUCUCAGCCUCAUACCAAUGAAAGCUCACUGCAGUGGUUAUGGUGCAAAAAGUAUCUGGCAUAGUCCCCCAGCUAAAUAACCGGCUUCCAGGUCACUCAGCCUGUCAUUGCCAUCAAAUGUUGGACAGGCUAAUGUGGCACUAUUAUAUCAGCCAAGAUUUACACUUGGGCUUUAGGUCCUAGGAAAGCCCUAUGUUUGUGUCAAACCACUCAAGCAGUUUGAUGAUAACUGGUGGAGAUAUGACCCAAAGACUCUUUGCACUAUAACUACUACAGUGAUCUGUAUGAUAUUUGAAAUGGCCCUUUUAGGACUUUCCAUCUUUUCCCUUAAAGAGAUCCUAAAGUGACAGGAAAUCAAACCCGUUUUCCUGGCACUCUCGGCUCUUGGAGAGCCCCCCUCCCUUGGCGCUGAAGGGGUUAAAACCCAUUCAGCACCGGGUGGUCCUUUAAUACUGUAUAUACUUAUGUAACUUCAUCAGAGAUGAUGGUCAAUGGCCAAACCAAGAUGCAAGGACGGUAGUUUUAUAACAAUAUAUAACAAAGGAAGCGUAAAAGGCAUGUGAAGAGAUGAAAUAUGAUAUUGGAAAUCAAAAAAUGCGACUAACACACAUUUAUUGGAGCUUUGUACAUUGAAUAAUGAGUUAUAAUAAGGAAUUCAAUGGUAGAGUGGAACUUAAGUUCCAAGGUCACCCCUUCAUAUUCUAAGCUCAUGCCUUGAUGUAUGUUAUAUAUACGAUGUCAGUAAUAUAUCUGUUUUAAUACUUUCUCUUCUUUUUAAUAUCUGUCAGUGUUAUUUACUAAACAAUGGAUAGUUGGGAAAUGACAAGGGAAUUUAAAACGUUAAGCCAAAAUGACAGCUUCUCAUCUUUUCCAGGUUAACUAUUGUGGCCCAAGUAUAAAAGUCCCUGUUUAAUUCUAAGCAUUUCUUGGCUUAGUGAAUAACCCAGAAUGUGUAAGUCAUGGCCAAUAUAACUCUCCCUCUCUUUUUCCUCCAGCUUCGAAGGAUGCAGGAAAUGUUGCAAAAAAUGCAGCAACAGAUACAAGAGCAGUGAGCUGCCCGUCAUGACGGCACUUCCCCCUCACGUUUCCCACACCCCAAGCCUAUCACCUCUAGGACCAGUACUGAGAAGGAUGUGAUGUCUACGGACUCAACGCUGUAUCUUAUUUAUUACUCUCAGCACCCGUCCAAAACGAAUGCCUCCUUCUGUUGACUGACCUCUCCCAUUCCAUCGUGAUAUCACUGUUAUGGAGCCAAGCACUUCACAUUUAGGCUAAUCAAAUAUUUUAUUUUUUAUUUCUAUCAUUUGCCCUUCAUCCUAAAAAAAAAGGCUGUGAAAAACAAACAAACCUGGAUAUGUUUAAAAAAUUGUGAAACAAGAAAGACACAGCCCACAGCCUUAUGGGAAAAAAUGUCCCAGAAACGAAUGCUUACUUUAAUUCAAGAGAACACAUCCUGUUUCUUCCACCAGGCUGUGUCCGUAAAGCAGAAGGUGCAUUUAUCGAGGGGUGGGGAAUGAAAUUUUGUUUUGUACCUAUAUGCUUGUCAUUGCUACAAGAAAAGCUUGUGUUAUUUUUUAUUUGUACAGUGUUGCAGUAUGUUGGACUCAGGACCUUUUUUUGUAUCAAUGUUUAUUCACAGUAACUGUUACUCAAUAAGUAACCCACUGAGGAAGGAGGAAGUCGUGAAAGGGUGAACAGUGUAUUGGCAUAGAGUGUCCACUUCUAACACAGAAUCAAUAUGAAAAUGUGAUGUGAUGGAAAGCCAUUAUUAGACCGCAGAUGGACAAUAGGUAAAUCCCCCAGCUGUUGUAGAACUACCGUGACAAAACAUCUAGGUAGUUAUUGCCACCCAUUCAGUAGACAUUUGUUCUUUCCAGCUGUAUAGUAUAGGGGAGUGAAUGGUGUGGAAAAGUGUUAGUGAAGCUAGGGUAAGCAUUCAGUUUAGGUAAUGAAUACACAUUAUGUAGGGAUAUUUUGCCGAAAAUAGGUGCACACAAGCUGUAGGUUGAAGAUCGGGGGUGCCCAAAAGGCCUACAAUAUCCAUGAUACAUAGCCAUUAUAUAGUCUGGCAAAGCAUCUUGGACAUUGUAGUAUUACAACAUUUGAUCUGUCUUCUAGGCACCCCUGUUUUAGAUUAUGCGGAAUCAGGAUAAAUGGAUGGGGGGGACAAAAUUCCAGUGGAAAAAAAAUUGUGAACUAUGACGUUAUCAUUUUCUUUAAUUAAUGCGCAAGAAACAGAGCAAAGGUAAAACUUUUUGCAUCAAUUUUAAAGCAUGAAAUUACAGUUGACGACAUCCACAUUAAUAUUUGUGACAGGUACAAAAAAAAGUCAGUGUGUUUGUUGCCUUUGAGCUUUUUUCCUAUGGUUACUCCAUCUCUCUAGCUAAGGUGAUUUUAAACCAAUAGCAAUUCUGUGUCGACAUGCACACACAAUGCAGUAAUUUAAUGCAAACUCCUGACAUAUAUGUGUCCUAUUAUACUAACAGUAACUUUGAGUACUGCAAAGAGGACCAAGCAUCCCCUCACUCUCCAGCUGAUGCAGACUGAUGACUGGAGUUCCAGAGGUUGACUGUCCAUUAUUACAACCUUUGUAUAAUCUGUUUUAACAUGAUCUGAUGUUUACUUUUGGGGGUUUAUUCUCUAUACAAGUUGUGGUGAAUUGACACGUUAUUUGCCAAAGUUGGAAAAAUGUUUUAUUAUAGUUUUUUGGUACAUGGAAGAAGCAGGAGUCAACAUGACAAAAGAACAUUUUAGAGUGUCAUAAUAUGACAUCAGGAGGUUACAAGAGAAAUUGCCACAUUUUGUUAAACAUAUUUUUUAGCUCAGUACAACUGUUUUGCAAAUGAACCUCUUACUGCAAAUUGAAUGAGUUUAUCUACUGUUAAAUUAAUGUUUUCUUUUAGUUUGCGUAUUCAGCACUUUCCUUGAAAUACACUAUGUAGUCUAACCUGAUGGGAACCCCACUUUCAUAGAAGGGACCAAGCAUAUCAUUUUCAUUAGCUGCUGACCAUGUAAAUUGCAUUUAGCGGUUCUCUGGAGAUCAAUAUUUUUAUAGAAUCACUUUACCAUUUUGCGUCCCAUUACCAGAUGGCGUCCCAAGGUACUGCCAUUCUUGGCAAUAGAGGAAGAAUAAGGAAAAAUGUGAGAGCAGAGCAGAAUAUAUACCUAACACUGUGCCCAUUUAAAUGUCAAGACAUUUGCAAUGUGCUAUACAUCGUGCAUUGUAAUAACAACCAGUGGUUAACCAACUUUGUGCCAUGAAGACUUGCAGUUCAAAUUCUUCAACAUGUCACCAAUACAUGUGGACACGUAUUCUUUAGCUAUGUCCCUGAGCCUCUAGCCAUGCAAAAUUGUUAAAUAGUAAACCAAUCUUGAUAUAACUUAUAUCCAAUCUCAAUAUAUCUGUAUAUUCCAAGCUUUGUUACUUUGUGUCCACUGAACUUAUUACACAAAACACUGCUGUCUCCUUUGCCAUGUAUUGCAGUCUCUUUUUACGCAGUAAUAAAUCGCAGUUAUUGUGUGAAAUUUAAAAGCGGACCUGUCACCAUGGGAACAACAGGAAUAUUGCACAUGGUUCCGACACUCUUAGUCCCAUAAUUCCUCUGUAUACACAAACACUGUAUUGUUUAAUUAAUAAAUUUGAAAAUGCGCCCAUACUAAGAAUAGCUCAUCCAGACUGUUCACUUUCAGAUAAUCACACACUGUUAUCAAAGUGCCACAAACACCACACAAAAUGUGGUGCCAUAGGCACGCCACAUGGACCACAAUUAAUUGUGUAAUGUCAAACCAUUAGCAAUGGGUGUAAAGAUUUUCCAGCUAUACAUAUCACAGUUACAAAGCUCAAUGUGAGCUACUUUCCAGAAUGAGACACCUGUUCACUGCCUUCUGAUCGGUGCUUAGCUUCCUGAAUUCUGAUUGCAUCAAAACAACGGGAGUUACUGGGAGAUUAAAACGAAUCAUGCAAAAUCCCUGGUUGAGAUUGAAUUUACUAUUUAAGUGUAGAUUGAAACUGGUUCAGCAGCUAGACUUGCUAGAGGCCGAAUAGGUAAACUUUAACUUCAUCAUAGUCAAAUAUCAACUUCACCUUCAACCUCAACUUAUAGACAAUUUGAAAAUAAAGGGGUUAAGUAGACCCCACUGCCUGUUAAUCCUGUGCCUAUGUCGCCUUACAAAUAAAGUGCAACCCUCUGUCCAACAGUAACCCACCUCCUACAGUGCAUAACUGACCCCUGAAUAUUUCUUAUAAUGAUUGUUGCUGUAAGUUAUGUUUACAACCUGAGAAUCCUAAUAAAUAUUUAAAAAUGACUUGCACUGAUGUGACUUUAGUAGGUACUGUGUGUUUCUAAGAUUCCAUUCUUACUCUGUGUAUAAUACCUGUCCUUUUUCAUGCAAAAAUAUCACACUUCCAGUAAUUAAAGCUGUAAUCAAGUGUAUAAACCAAACUAAGAGAUUUCUGUUACCUGGCCAAUGCACAAGCACUAUUGCAAGGUAACUCUGAUAGGGUAACAAUGAUGCCGUUGCACCAAGUAUGUUGAUGCUUUGUGCAUUAUAUAACUAAAAUGUUCAACUUUGUUUAACCAACUGUAAAGAGGCUCUGUUGUACUGAUAGUUUUGGAUUUUUUUUUGUCUCUUUUUUUUUGUGUGUGGAUUGAUGGCUGAAUUUCCGCAGUUAA